UAGCAUGUGUGCCUGUGUGUCUACGUAUGUGUGUGUGUGGUGUGGUGUCGAGCAGCAGCCAACACACACUUAACAUUCGUUCGCAACAUGGCGUUGAAGCGCCGAGAGACACGACGGCUCUCCCCCCGAUUAAUGCAACCUUCUUGUUAAGGGGAAAAGCAGCGGGGACUGUUCACCAAAGAGACCCGAAAACAUUCACGGAGAGUCCUUUACGCACCGGCGGAGACAAUAGCGGAUUCCAACGUAUGCAUGUCGCUAUAACGGUAUAGCUGGUUGUAUAGACGAACGCGGCUACCCCACUGGUGGAAAUCAAAGGCUGUACAUGGCGGUGGAGAACACAAUUUGGCUCUUCUGUCUUCUUCUGCUGGUUUGUGGUCCAUCCAAGCAAGGUAAAUGCGCCCACUUUAAUCAUCUGCAUGUGUUUAAGUUGUGUGCAUGUGUGAGAAAGCGGCUUUCUCGUGUUACACUCAAGUGCAGUUACUCACAACACAAGUGGACUGUGAUCAAAAAGACAAGGGGGCUACCGGGUGAAUGUGCACCUUGCAUGGUUCGUGCUGUGUCCCCACCGGAUUCUGUGUUCACCUCAUGUGGCCUCUCCGGUGCGUAUGAGGUAGGGGUGUAUUGUUACUUCAUGGGUGUCUCUCCUGGGACGCGCUGGUAGGCUUUUUUCCUCCUUGUGAAGUUGCAGCACAUUGCCCAAGGAGCAGCUCCCCUGAGCGGUGCCACAGAGCAGCCACAGGGCUUUGAACCGAGCAGGGACGGCUGGGAUCGAACAGGGGAAGGGCUCUUUAUGCAGAAACAUGUGGGCUCGGCCUCAGUGUUAAAGAAGGAGCAUGGUGUCAAAUGCGUGUAUAGAUUUGCCAUUAAAGUAAUCACAACUUUUCUUUCUCAUAGUUUAUUCAUGACUGUGCUUUACGGAAUGCUGCGUUCAGUCACUUUCUGAGAGGAUUUUCAACCGAGUGAAGAGAAAAAACACUCUUCUGGCUCUCCUGAAUAUAAACUUGAAGAAGAGUUUGACAAAAAAGCUGAUUGUGAAAGAUGCAUUCAAGCAGUUUUAUCUCCCCCAGACACUGUGGUGGCUCUUCAAGGUGUAAUCGUACUGGUUGGAGAGGAAAGUCUGCCUGCCCACACUGGCGGCGACGAGUGGGUGAGAGAGUGGCCACAGUAUUAACAUAACAAAGACCUGUGCAGAAUAUUAAAGGUAGUACGGUUAAAUGAUCUUCAGUGCCAGGAAAAUACUGUCAACAUGCCAGGCCUUUCUGUUCUGAUCUUUUGUUUCAUUUCACCAAGGAUCCCAAAUGAAAUGUUUGUCUGCUGCAAAGAGCUCUGAGAACAUUUGAAACUGUACAAAGCUGAAUGCACAAGUAAAGGUGUAGCAAACUCCUUUAGAUAGUCUUUUAAAUAAACAUUUAGCUGAUAAAACUUUCCAACUGCAAAAUGGACAUUUUUGAGAAGUGUCCAGAGUUGUAAAAAUUGAAUGACAUUGUUAACAGGUUGAUAUUUCUCUGCCUUUCAUGGGACUGACUGUGUGAAUGUGUGUGUUUGACAGAGAGAGAGGGGCAGAGGAGAAAGUGAAGAGAUCUUCAAAGGAUGGCAUUUAUUUUCAAACUGGCACAAAAAAUUACUCCUGCGAAAUACUAAAACUACUUCAAAUCUAGGAUGUUUCACAGUUUGAAAGGCAACCUCAAGUGAAAGUUGAGACUGUUUGUUAAAGCUCUCUUGCUCUGGUUGUUUCAAAUACUACACAGUAUCUUAUAAAGACACCAGUUAAGUCCUUUUAGUACCUUUACACAGUUCAAUUGAGCCACAGUUAUAGACAGGUUUCUUGUGUACAAACAAUUCUGGGUGUGCGCGCAACCAUGGGGCAAAAGCCUACUUGGGAGUGAACUGAUUUCAAUGAAGAUGCCACAUUGUUUGCAAGUUCUCCCUGACACAAUUGCAAUAAAAUGUCAUUUCAUUGAAAAAUCGCUUUGUCUUCCAUUGCAUCAAAAUCAGAAAUACACUUGCUGAAAUAUCCAUGAAUUUCAGUAAAUUUACAAGGUUGUUAGCAGGGUUGUAAUGUUUGCCGAUUGUUUGCUUUGCCGAUUCAUGCAGUUUACAGCACAACAGCUUCUCUUUCUCCAUUGACUCUGCUAGUAAACAAAUAAGAAAUGUCCCGCUUUCUGCCCCAAGGCUGCGCACACAUACCUGCGAUGACGUUGCACAGAAACCCGUCUAUAGCUCAGUUAGGCAACUUAACUGGACUACUGUCAUUGUCCCAAAUUAUUGACCAAGUCAUAAGUCGUGAUAUACCCUCUUUCUACUUAUUACUUGGAUGUCAUUACAUCAGAAGAGGAGAACAGUCAACAAGUCUACUAGAAAGAGGCUAACAGUAGGGCAGCUCAGUUAUGGCAGAAAUCAUAUUAGAUAUAUUACCACAUGCUUAUUUACAACAGUUACCCACGACUUGACAUCUGCAUAACUCACACUAACUUUACUUAAAAGCUCCUUAAAAUUAGAAAACUCGUAGUAAAGUGGGGAAAAAAGCAUCUUUGUCAAUCUAACAGACUCCAGCAGAGGCAGGAUCCGGACUUUCUGGAUAUUACAGAUUUUUUAAACAGUCCUUUGUUCAAAUACCAGAAAGGACAUGCAUCACAUCACAUCAUCACCAAAUUAAACCCCAGAUUUCAGGUGUAAUAAUAAAAUAUUCUGACCCUGUCAUAAAAAUCUGAAAAUAUUUAAAGACAUUUUACUAAAGGUUGCAGAUCUAACAAAACAUUCAAACUUCUGAAGGUUUUAUACAGCGUCCUUCAUAACAUCAAGACUCUGGCUUGUUUUUUAUUAUGAUUCAGAAUAAGGUCUCUCACUUUUUAUUCUGGCAGUCAUCUCCCUGCUCUUCUCUCUCCAUACUUUAUACCACUGUUGUACAACCUGUUGAAGGUACAGCAGACCACCAGGAGCUACAGCUUCCUCAUGUUCUCAGACUUUGUUUCACAUUUGUCCAAGCUGCCUAUCAUGAAGUGAAAGUGAGAGCUGUUUGAGGGGAGGGGCCGCGCCCACGCUCUGCUGUUAAGGAGGAAAGGGUGCACUUCAUUCAAUGUAUAGGACAUAAAGAGGGCAGCUCCAGGGACGACACAAUAACUGUCCAGUCCUGAUUAUCAUAUAUUUAAGAUUGUUGGGGCUGUGAUUGUAAUUGAAAAAAUAUUUGAUAAUCGGCCAAGCUCUAGUUGACGGGUGGUUUGUCAAAUAAUGAAAACACAGACAACUUUUGGCUCUGUUUCUUUUGUUGUUAUAAGAUAGCUUUGUCUUUUUCUAACCUCCUUUCUUAUUUUGUCUAUGUUUGGCUCACUACAGCUCAUACUUAAAAGAAACUCAAUCUUUUAAACAACAUGUUUAACACAUGUUGAUUGGUUGGGGUGUGCGCCCCCCUCGUGCAAACACCCUUGGUGCUUGUCAUCACUCCACUACAUGCCAUUAUGUUUGGAGCCGCUCUUCAUCUGUCCGGUUUUAUUGAGGUAAAAUGCGUCAGAAAUCUCUAAAAUACCUCCCAUCUAUUCUUUGUCCAGUUUCAAAGUGAUUCUCUUCGAGAAGUCAGCUGAACUUUGCACUGUCUUGCUAUCCCUUUUGUGUUGGCUCUGCCUGUUGUACAGACUUGAGCGCACAUUUUCUUACAAGACAGACUGUUGCCAUUUGUCUCACCCAUAAGUACUUUAUCCUUCUCUCCUAUCUGGAGAUUUUCUGCACAUAGUUGCCACUCAAGCUCCGGUAUGACACACUCUGCAGUGAUUGCCACCUAUACGUGCUGAGAAAUGCAGCAAUACAGUCCAAAAGGAUUGGCGAGUGGAGAAGGGCUGAGCAUGGGGGAAUGAAUAUAUCAAACUCUAAAGUACUUCUGCUCAUCCAGGUAGACCACAACCUUUCCUUUGAGGUAUACUAUAAUUUUAUCAUAUAACUUCCAUUAUUCACUGUUCAAUUAUGCAUAGAAAGGCCUGAGUGAGGAGGCACUAGAGGUAUGCCUUCUCAAGUUCAAUCUGAUAUAGUGGGAGAAGGUCAGAGGAUAUAAUUUAUAUAGAGUUAGAUUACCGUGCCCUGCGGACUCCAGCAGAGACAGAAUAAGGAAUUACUCCCCUUGAGAUCCUCCCGACAGGAGAGAGUGCCACACUGGGGGCGAUCGCAGCCACAUGAUGAAAUCUCUCACAGGUAAAUGGCCAUUGUGAUAGGGGUUGUCUGCGAUAAGAGUGAGGAGGAAAUUGAUUUCUUUCCAGUAUGAGAUUUAUCAUCGGAAGUUGGUCACAAACAGUUUUCACAUUUGGCCGCUGUCGAAAAAGCUUUUGAAUUGAUAAAAUAUCACAUUGAUGAAAUGACUGAGAGAACAUUCACUAAAUCAAAGACAAAAUCUAUUUAUAUAGAAGAGAUAAAGUGUUCAGAGCAGAGGCCACAUUUGUAUCCACCGGCUCUUAAAACCCUGACAGAACUGUUAUGCUUUAUGAUCAGAUGAACAGAUUAGUAUAUAUAUCUUGUUAUUACGACAUAACCUCAGGGAUGUUAAUAACACGGAGAGUGAGGGUGACUCAGUGUGUGUGUGUGUGUGUGUGUGUGUCUCCUCUGUGUGUGCGUUUUGUUGGGUUUAGAAAGUGGAGCGUGAAUGUCGUGGGUGUUUUCCUAGUUGUGGGAACUGAGGCUGGUGGGUGGGGGCUGGGGGUGAUUCUGGGACAGGGAUGAAUUGGCGGGUGCUGGUCGGGGCGAAUUUGAGGGCAAGGGCCACGGCUACAUCCACAAACAAAGAGCUUGUUUUGUCCAUUCUGAAGAUCAAAUGAAAAUAUGUCAGCGCCACUUCACACAUCACAAGCAAAUGGAUGCAACCAAAGUGCCUGAGUGUCUGAGUGUUCACAGUCUGCACAGUUAUUAAAGGACAUAAUGGAAACAAACAUUUGCUCUCCUGAAAGACUUUAUGAGCAAAUGAAUGUGAUUAUUGUGCAGCCUCUGGCCUUUUAAUAUGCAUAUGAAAACUGUAAACACAGCAACAGCUUCAUGAGGGAGCUUUGGCGCUUCGCUGCCUGAGAAUAGAUCAGAAGAUUGUACAGGUCCAGCUCAGUAUAUCAUAUUUGACAUGUUUGAUAUGAAAAUAGUUCAAGUUAAUACUCCUAACAGGUCACGUUGGUUAAGACUGUAAAAAAAGGGAUGGUGGUUUAAGAUUUAUUAUGAAGGACCUGCUCGGCAUUUCACAAGUCAUAAAACCAAUAAUGCUUGAGCUUUUCAAAACCGGGGCUUCACUCCCCUAAUUUGUGUUUGUGCACAGUGUCUGUAGAUCUGUAUACAAAUGAAAGAUACCUCGAUAAUCCAAUGCAAGGAGGUGCAUUUCUGUACAGAUGGAUUAAAACAAAAACUACCAGUAGCUACAGAAGAGAGGCUAAUGCUGUCAUAUGAGGAAUAAAUCUAGGUUAGAUACAAGAUUAAAUACAACUUUAUUUAUCCUGUUGGAGGGUUCCCUCAAGGAGAUUCAAAGUCUGACUUUGUUUCGUGUCAAACUGAUAAAGAUAACCUGAAUGCAUAUAAUGUACAGCCACAUUGUAGCAUAAUAACAUGACUGAGAUUCACUAUAUAUUGAGACUUGAUUAAAACCUCCUUUUUUAGUCAUACAAACUCACUCUGAUGUUCCACUUAACCGGUGAAGAGGGGCCUUGUUUUUCAUUCUUCUAGUCGUAUAAACUCACUUAUAGUAAAAUCAACACCUAUAUAGAAGAAAGAAGUCUGUUAGCAAGACUUACACACUGUCUCUGAAAUCCGUUGCAAAGUUUCUGUUUUUUAAUAUACUCAAGGUUGAUCACAGACUGAUUAGUUAUCGAGGAUAGGGUUUUUUGCGGGUGUUAUGUGAGUGUUUCUUGAUACCCUUAUAUCUGUUUUCACCAGAGUACUGCGACCGAAAGUAACCAAAGGUACUGUAUGUAAUUAAGACAGCUUUUAGUUUAUUGGAGAGGAACAUGGUGAUAUCUGAUAUCUUCUGAUAUCUGUCCUUAACAGUAGGAAUUUAGACCAUAAUACUGAGGCUUUACUGUACUGGCCACAUGAUACAUAUACCACCAAGUACAGACUGGGAGUGUUGGUUCGCCACUUUAAGCUCUAAAUAAUACUGCCGUUGAGUCUGGCAGGUCUGGGAUUAAAAAUGAGAUGAAUGUAUCAGGAUCAAAUUUCAGUUGGACUGUAACUUUUGUUGCUGAAAGGUUGAAUUACUUCUUUGAGCAAGUGGUCUCGCUCAGAAUCCUCCAGCAAAUAGAGUCAGAACUUCACUCAGACAAAAACUUUGACUUCUUGAACAUAUGUUGAUCAUAUUUUGCUUCAGGGACUUAAUUUUCAGAUGAAAAACAUGUUAAAAAACACAAUUUGUGCAACAAAAUCUGAACUAAAAAUGCUUUUAAUACAGCAGAUUAGCCUCACCAUACUUUUUAAGUCUCAGUUGGACAUUUCUCUGAAAUCACUUCACUACCUUUCUCUAGGCUGUUUAAGCUCAAUGAAGGACCACGAUGGAAAGAUUCAUUCUGAUAUUGAUGGAUUACUCUACAGCUCAAAGUUUAGUCUCAGAGUUACUGCGCAGCGCAAAAGAAAGAAGCAGAGUUAUUCCUCUUAUACUCUCAGGUCAGUCAGGGUCAUAUCAGCAGCUCGCCUCAUACUUAGUUGAUAUUUCCAUGAACACCAGAGGAAAAUUUGCCUGUGGGAUUUCUGUUGCUGAAGUGACCCUGUGCAAUGUUAUGUAUGAUAGUGGGAGGUUGUUUUUUUUAAGUCAACCAUUUAUUCUACCAACUGCACCAGGGUCCUCUUGGGCAAAGUCCAGUCUCUCGUUUAAAUGUCAUGGAAAUGUAUAGUUACACAAGAGGUUGAAUUUUCAGUUCUGCACAACGUCAGAGAAAGAUACUGGAGUGAGGAAGAGAAGUGAGUUACAAAGUUUGGGUAAUACCAUAAAAAGUUGUCAAAAAAUUAAAAGUUUUUCCGACAACUCCCAGUGCGUUUCUAUUUUCUUUCAUUUGUGGCCCCAAAACCUAGAAGUGUAAAAACACCAGAGCCUUGUCAUGAUUUGAACUCGAGCAUUGACUCGGGAGAGUGGACUUAAACUUAUUUAUUGAGCAACAGCUUUAAUGUUUUUCUAAAACUUUUUUUUUGUUUCAGCAUGCUAACAUGCUACUGUUUUUACUCGUUACACUUGCUCUACAACACUGUGCAAAGAUGCCUGGCUUCAUGGACACUCAACUUGGACUCUGAUAAUGGGGACCCAACUAGUGUUCUUCUUUGGUGACUCAGACUGAGACUCAAGGUUGCUUACUACAAGACUAAAGUGCAGUAUGUAAUCAUGCCUGCAAGCCAGUUCAGUCCGGCAACUAGAGCUGCAUUAAUUUCACAUUUGCAAUGCAUCAUUCACAAGACAAGCUGAUGAACAUAUUCACCCAAUUUUACAGUAGCAGCAGGAUUUCUCCCCCCACCACCCCAGCAGAGUCUUCUGCAGGAGGUUUAACAAAUUACUGCAUCAUUUCUUCAUUUCUGCAUUCAACUCUGAUUCUUGGGGCGUGGUGGAAUUAACCUACAUGACAAACAAAAACAGUGUCUGCUGCUACAAUAAAGGUUUGACCAGUGUGACUUGACCAGGGGUGCAGUGACCCGCCAACCUAGUUGUCAAAUUUUAAUGACAAAAAUAAUUUUCAAUGAGUUAAAAAGUCAGAGAUUCAUGGUGACGUAAUUUGACGCUUUCAUGCUGUAAUUGGACAUCAUCAUACAUCCUAACCAAUACUGCUAUCUGAUAUCUGAGAGUGAUGCAAGAGACACACUGACACAGAAAUCAAGUCACUGAGGAAUGAGACAUCUUAUAUCUGUAGUGUCUCGGUUUGAGUGUAGUGUAUGCUAACCAGCUCCGGGGUAAUAACAGGGAAAACAGCAUGGCAAUAAGGUGGCAUUUGAUGCAACACUGUCACAUUAUAAAAUGUCUAGAGUUCAGACGUAUUUUACUCCAUAUUGCAAAGAAAAAAAGCUGCCUUCAAAAUGUCAGUGUCAAUAUCAAUGUCAAGUUUAUUUGUAUAGCACAUUUAAACAGCCAAUGGCCUACCAAAGUGCUUUACAAUAACGAAGCAGUAGCAAUAAAAGCAAGUCAUACACAGCAAACAGCAACAACAAGACAUGUAACAUAUACUGUAAAUGUAAACAAAAACGAAUAUAUAACCAAUACAAGUAUCAUACUCUGCCAGAACCUGAAACAUGCAGUUCAUGGGAGCAGUAAUUUGAGUGAAGUUCAAAUGUCUGAGGAGUACGUAUAGUUACAUGUAAUUCCAGAACUAGAGCCACACUGUGAGUCUUAGAUUAUUAGUGUCUCACUUAAAAUUGUUACCUUCUCCUCCACAUCCUCUAAUUUUACACAGUAUCGCAAACUUUUCCACGCCACACAUUAACAAUGAGUAGUUUGCAAAAAAUAAAGCAGCAAGGGCCGUGUUCCCUUCAACAUUUUGUAUCAAUGCUAAAAACUCUUAUCUAUUACCCUGAUUUUUGUCCUCCAGGUAUUAAGAGGAAAAAUCCCACCUCUAUUGCAUAGCUUCAUGUGUUUUUAUAUGUCUCUUGUAGACUAAAUACUGUGCAGUACUUUGCAUGAAUAGUACAAAUGGCAGGUGUUACUAGAUUGGUGCUGAGAGCAGAAGAAGCAAACAUAAUGCAGAGCGCAGCUUUUAAUUCCCCUUACAAUUAGUGUUUGUUUUCUGGGACACGAUUUCUUCCUGCGGACACUUAUUGUAGAGUGAUCUGAUUUGGUUGCACCGGCGCAGGAGGAAUCUUUACCCCUAUGAUCCACUGGUAUUUUUGGAGGCUAUCCUUCAUCAUAGUAGCACAUUUGGAAUCAAUGUGGCUUUGGAGUUUGGUUUUAGAGACAGACUUUUUAUGACGUUUGCAUAUAAAGGAAGUGUUUAUUACUCUUAAUAUCAAGGAAUAAGGACAAAGAGAUACAAUAAAGCUACCCAAAAACUAGAAAAAUGAAGAUUCAGCUCUUUUGGCAACCUAAACCUCCUUGGCAACUGCAGUCACUCUUAGUAUCCACCUUAGGUUCACCAAAAGUCAUCAUCCAUAUCUCCUCGUGAGCUCUGCUGUCGUUUGUAAUGUUCAGAGCGUGUGUUAAGCUCCGGUUUGUUGUGUCUACACCUGAGGGUCAGCUGCUCAGCCUCCCAUAUAGGGACAGCUACAGAAUAUUAAACACUGAAUUUGUCAGGGGAUGUAUGCUGUCUGUAGAAAACCGUACGCUGGCCUUUGCUGUGAGUGCUCUUGUGUUUAGUAUCAGUGUGUGACUGCUCUGAGAUUGCGGAAUAAUAACAUUGUGUAAGUCCUUUUUGUGGUUGUAUCGUGAUGAGUAAUUGUGCUGUCACCUUUUAUUCUUCAUUUUGUGUAGCAGAUUAAAAGACCCUCAUCUGUUUGUUCACAAAGGACAGUGACCUCAUGCGGUUUCAUUUCUAAUUGAACUGAUGGAUAAAUGAUGUCUUUAUGUAAAUUUUAAGGUAAGUACUUUAAUGACUCGAUUUGUGUUGAUUUAAUGUUGGACCCAAACUUAUCACACUCUUUCCGUUAUUCUGCAAACAAACAAACUCAGAUCUCUUGAGACUGUAGACCAGGUCUUGUCAGACAGUAGAGCCUGUGGAGAAUGGCUCAUUACACAUUAGCUGUAAAUUAAGCAUCUGCAUGUGUGUGUUUGUGUGUGUAUGUGUGUGUUUGCUGAGGUACAAUCACCCCAUGUGCCUACUCGUCCGCCUGUCUGCUUGUGUGUAAGCGUGGGUGUGUCAGCUGCGAUUUGUGAGUGCAUCUUGAUCCCCUCCCCAGAGAGUCCAUGCUAAAUUAGGAUGCAUAUUAUUUAAAGAUGCCCUGGGCUGGGUUUCAGCUGGGUAUAUUUGUGCACUGAAUAUGUUGAUUUUUUCUGGUGCCCUGUGUGUGCUGCCAGGGAGGAAGUCAAAAAAGCUCAGAAGUGUUUGCAUGAAAAAGAGGGGAUGUCUUCAGACAGAUUUGUCUGCUAUGAAUUCACAUAAUUUGCUCUCUCGGGAUGUUCAAAGUAUUGUGUUGAAUCUGUUUUGAUAGUUCUUUUUCAGUCUCUUAAGGGUAUGUGUGAGCUAAUAAGUGUUUAAUUUUGGAGGCAUGUGAUGUGUCAUAGUUUGGUUUAAUCUGUGGUGGAAGAAAAUAGAAUUUGUUUCCAUGUACAGCUGACAGAAGAUUUCACGAAAGAUAUUGAGCCAGCACAUAUUUACAGGUUGUAAGCCUAUUUAUGAUUCUUCCCUAUUUGGUGUUGUUAUACUCCAACAUGGUGAAGGUGCUGUCUUGUACAUGCUUCAAAAGGUUUUCUGAUGAAAACCUUAGUCUGCCGUCUUUGUCAAUCAUUGCAUCUCUUGCUGAAGUAUUUCCGCACAGAAGCAGGCUGUUCAGUCAGACCAGGUAUAUUUUUGGCCCCUGAAGUAUAUAAUGCAAUCAAUUUUACAUUUGUCCUUUUCAUCUGUAUGAAAUUGUUGUCUACUCGUCCUAAAGUGGGAGUCAGGACCCACAGUAUGUCCCUUUGUUAAUGCACUGUCGUAAGAACCAUUUCCUGCUGUUAUUUUGAAAUUAUGUAUAAUAGGUUGGUGCUGCAGCCUGCAUCGCUUUAGUUUGGAUUGUUAUAAAGCACUAUAUCAUUACCAUGUCCCAUCCUCACCUGUUGUGACUAUUGUGAUUGGGGAUGCACCGAAAAUUCGGCCACCAAAAAUUUUGGGCCCAAAAGGGUAUUUUUGUUUUUGUCCAAAAGACUUCUAUCAUCAAAACAACACAGCCAAAACAAAUGUUGUGAUGACACAGCAAAAACCCCAGUUAACACAAGGGGCCGAAGGCCAACAUGUCUGCUGUUUGGACGUAUUUCAAUAUAUCUGAGAACCACGGAUAGCGAUUUGCAUAGCGUGCAAUGCAGGGUUUCCCUUGCAUGUUAUUGAUCGUGGCGCACUGCCAUGCCAAAAAAAAGCCUCCUCACCUUAAAAAUGAGUUUCUUUUUUUCACACAUAGUGCUACCUGAGACUCAGUAUAUAUCAGAAUAUGUGGUACACACCAGCCCUGCACCACAGAGAGUGCACGCCUACUAUUAGCAAGUUGUCAUCUGUGAUCACACAGCAGAUUAAUAAGUUCUCUCUGCCCCUCCCCAGCUACCCAAUCACACACCACCAUAAACAGAUGUUAUUUGAAUAUUAAUCUAUUAGAUUUUAAUGCCUUGAUUUUAGUGAGGUUAGUGAACUGCCAUAGCCAUAAAUACAACUGUAUGAAUAAUUGGCAUAAUAAUUUAAUAAUAAUAAAAAGAUUUUUGGUUUUCAGCCUUGGUUUCCUCUUUUUCGGUUUUGGCCAAGAAUUUUCAUUUCGGUGAAUCCCUAGUUGUGACAGUGCAACAUUGAGUGUAACAUCUUACCUUUGUAAAAUGUGCAGCUGAUUAAUUUUGUCAAAUAUUAGACACACAAUGCAAAAAUAAUUAGUAAGAGGUGGAACAGGAGAGCAAAGCACGAUUAACGAAUACAGUAACCUGCAGCGCUGAUUCAAGGUGAAAGAAAUAGGGUUUUGUAGAUCAAAAAUAUGAAUAGACCCAACUUAACCCCCAUCACUGCUGCAGGUUUGGAAUCAUUCUGCAGGGAAAACUGCACUGUAAAAUAUCACAGUGCAAAAUUAACUGAGGAAAAGGUUUUCACACGGUGCUGUGAAUGUCCUGACCCCUUGACAGCAGCCUAAUAGCUGUUCAGUUUUGUCACUGUGAGUCUGUCUGGUUUUGAAGAUCUUACAGAGGCAUCUGUAAUAAUUGCAGUUUCAAAGCUAGCUGAAAACUAUUUACUGUUGCUUUAACCUGCACUAAAAAGAGGACUUUCCUGUUGAUGUCAAUACAUAGAAUAAGCAAAGCAUUCAGAGUACAGGUAAUGCCCCAAACGACCUUUCAUAACGUUCUCUUUUGGUAGCUUUCGCACCACAGUGCACCCACGCUGCACAUAGAAAUAAACUUUUGUCAAGUUGCUUUCAGGUAAAGCUGGUAACUGUUGAUCUGUGGAUCAAGGGAUGAACUAAUAGGUUUACUUUUGAAAUGUUGCAGCUCAGAUAGAUUGUAUUUCACCCUGGUGUUAGCCACAAACUGUUACUGAAAACUUUACAAAAUGGGAUUUGAACUGAUGCCCAGAGAUGGGUCAGUGCUGCACUAGACAGUUAAUUAUGUGAGAUUGAUAUGUGUAAGAACUCACUGUCGUCCAAGUUCAUACCAUUAUUUAAAUCCUAGCACUUGUUUUGUCCAUCACUUCAACUCAAUUUACAGUGAGGCAGCUACGAUCAGCCACUUCAUGUUAAAACCGAAGGCUGAUAAGUGUAGCUGCAAAUGCAUUUUAUGUAUGAGGAGUACUGAGCAUUACAUAGAGGCAGUCAACCAGCUCUUCACGAUAAUGGCUUUUCCGUAUGUUAUAUAUUUCUAAAAAGAUAGUAUGUCACUAGUAGAUCAAGUCAUCGCACAGAUCAGGGCUUUAAAUCUGACAAAACCUCUUUGUUAAUCUUUAGGUAAGCCCCGUUAUAGGAUUUGUGUGUCUGAUAGGGGAUCUGUGAUAAAAAUAUGAUCACUUGCAUUUCCAGUCCCUCCAUUUCUUCUUGUCUGCUUGGUCACAUGACUCUAAAAGAGUUACUCUGAUGGUGGUCCUGCAACUAGCAAGGUGUGCUCGAGUUAUGGUUUACUUCUGAGUAGGACUGGGCAAUUUGGUAAAAAAAAAACCAAAUAGAUCACGAUAUAUUUUGUCAUAUCAUCCGAUCUCGAUUGCUAUCACGAUUUUUAAAAAUUUUUUAAACUGCCAGUUUUAAAGCUUCUGUACUAAAAACUUUAGAAACUAUAGAUUAAUUAAACAUUUUAUUCACAUAAAAAGUGAAUAACAAAGCGAACUGAAAAAGAUAAACUUAGAAAAAUAUAAAAACCAUUUUAAUUCAACAGUGAAACAAAUGUAGAUAAAUUCUAAAUACAGUGAGCUAGUUUACAGUCCUGAGUAGUGCUGGGCGAUAUGGAAAAAAAUGUAUAUCACGAUAUGGAUCAUUUUAUAUCACGAUAACGAUAUAUAUCACGAUAUAGCUAUGGUAUGUUUUCAGUUCUAUGAAAAAUUUAAGUGUAUACAGCUGCACUAGUACAGUGCCAGUACAAGACCAGCACUUAAAACUAGAAAAAUGAAUAAAUAAAUACGUGGCCGAAGUGCGUUCAUGUCUGUGCUCACCCAAAGUUAUGCAACACUCACAGAAAACGCCGAUAGUGUGAGCCAAAGCACUCCAUAAUAAUAAUAAUAAUAAUAAUAAAUCUAAUUUGUAAUGCACUUUACAUUUACAACAAAUCUCAAAGUGCUACAGUACACAGUAAAAAAAGAGCAGCAACAAUAAAAAAAGCAAUAGAAUGACAGUCACAGAUUGGCAUAAAAAAAGAAUUAAAAAAAAUAAAAAAUAUAGAGUUGCAAUGUAAGAGGCAAGGUAGUAAAAGCAUAGAGGAAAACUAACCAAAGGCUUUAUUGAAAAGGUAGGUCUUUAGGGCUCUUUUGAAGAGGUUGUUCACACUGCUGGAUGUUUCUCCUCCAAAGCUGCUCUCUGCCUCCAUCAUUGUUUACUUUACUCUUGAAGCACGUAGCAAGACCCGAGCAUGAAUCCGAGCGCUUUAUUCGCCUAUCAGGGGCAGACAGGUAAGGUGAUUUGAUUCGCCACGACUCCAGAAAUGAAUGAAAAACUACAGAAUGUCACAAAAUCACGUUUCCUCGCUGCUGGCUUGAAGGGUAGAAAUGCGCAGCCGCGCUCCCAGCUGACAGGAAGUCAAACCACUGUUGUAGUUCUUUUGUGUUGCUAGCGCGGUCAAGAGUGUUGGCUCUCACUGAGAGAUGACUACAAAAAUGGACGCACCUGUUCAUCUGGUUGUUAAACACGGCUGGAAAUGAUCAUCUUUUAAUGUUGUUCCCGCUCCUGCCCACUCCCGUUGCUUUUUUUCCCGUCCCGUCCCGAUCAAGGGAUUAAUUAAAAAAUGACUCCCAUCCCGUGGGACUCCCGCGGGAAUCACGUGACCUACGGGAAUUCCCGAAAAAUGUCAUCCUCUACAGGGAAGGUCCCGGAGCAGAUGAAACAGGUGCCGGGGCGGCUGAAAUAGGUCCCGGGUCCGAUCAAAAGAGGUCCCGGAUCGCGCUCCGACUUGCUCUGGCACAAAUUAAGCACUGCUUACAAUGAUCCCCUCACGUGUGUAACCCAGGUAACCCGCAACGGCGGGAGACGCUGGACACGAAGAGGGCACGUAAAGCGGCGUCAUGUCGCAAAAUCGAAAGAGAAAUGCGAGCCUACAUGUCAACGCAUCCUUUUCUUUGUAAGAAAAUAUUGUUUUCUUUCCCGUUCGACACCAAAUACACUUACUGAAUGUGCAAUUAUUGUUGUUGUUACUAUGAAUCAUCUGAUGGCACAAGCCCUAUGGAUAAAAUACAGACUAUCGCCCAAAACGAUCAAAAUAAAAAUGGCACGAUAGACAUUUUCUAUCGUGCCCACGAUAUCUAUCGUCCUAUCGCCCAGCACUAGUCCUGAGUGUUUUGCAGGUAUGCAAGACCCAAAAUAAACAAAUCCCUCCCUCAGGGAUAAUAAUGAUGCCUUAAAUGUAAACAUUAGAUGAUGUAAACAUGGAUAAUAUGAUUGAUGGCUGCUUUGGUCUGGUGGCUGCACCGCUAGUUGUGGCUAAAGUGCUAAUGCUACUAGAGCCGUCAGCAGUGGCCGGCUGUGCAGACUCCGCUCGCAUUUCAUGUUUUCAACAUAAUCCCUUGGGAACAACUUCUUUAAAUGAUUAAACAGAUCUUUUAUGUUGCUGGUAUUUUAGAGCACAGACAGGCGACAUACCUUACACAUCGGCGUAACUUCUCUACGCUACUUUGGAGCUACCCAAACGACGGCACGGCCACACAACCAAUGUUGAGUAACUUUUCUUCUGCACAAUAGCAUCUUUUAAGGAUGACUAAAAGUCACGGCUGACAUCUAUUUUGCUGCCCUCAGCUCCACGUUUGGCGCCAUGUUUGGUCAUUCUGUUUACUUCUCCUGUUUACUUUACCGGCAACUUACAGAAGUGAGCAGGAAAAGCUUGACUCUGAUUGGCUGUUGUGACGCACAUUUCCACCAUGUUUGAUCGAGUAAAUAUGCUCACAGCUGAUCACCGUGAUCGAACUGAAAUUUAUCACGAUCAUAUUAUCGCCCAGUCCUACUUCUGAGUGAAUGAAUCAGAGUAAAACAAUUCAGAAAGUCCACAUGGACGACAGUAGCUAUCUCAUUUCAGCAGUACUUAUCCAACAUGAAUAACACACGCUCAUAUUCAUAUCCCUUUUAAGCAACCAUUUGUGCAUUCAUGCUGAGAACACACACAAUGUUUUCCUGUUCAAAUACAGUGUAUUACUCAAAGAUCACACAAUGUCUCCCACGCACCGUUGAUGGAAUAUGUAAUUGUUGAGAACCCUGUUGCGAGGCCUGCUCCGUGCGCUGUGUCCUUUCUCUGUGCAUGUACAGUUAGUGUCACAUAGCAGUCUCAUUCAUCAUACCGACCUUGUGUGCGGUGUUCAACCCUGAUCUUUGCACACUGUCAUUAUAAUGUACAUAUGCCUCACUUCAAACAGCAGACGGGGUGUUUUGAAACUGUUCUUGCCUUCAGAUUUUGCCUUUUCUUUUUCUUGAUACAUGGUAAAUUCACAGUGUACGACUUUGUGAAUCAACAGACUCUGAGUUGGAUCUCCCAUUGUUAUUCCCAUGUUAGUUUUAAUGCUUGCCUUGUUGACUCAUGCAAGAGGGCCUAGUACUUGACAUAGCCAUGUGGAGGCCCCAUGCUGCUUGGAGGCUCUGCAUGCAGGACUGCUGCUCUGUGAUUGGAGGAGGCCGGACUGGGAUGAAUGAGCACUGUACAUAGAGCAGGAGGCAUGAGGGACUAAACCGGUAUGCCCCCCUCUCUCUCCCUCUCUUUCUCUUAUUCUCUAUCCCUCCCUCUCCUCUCCCCUCCCUUUCCUCUCUCUGGCACACACACACACACACACACACACACACACACACACACACACACACACACACACACACACACAUACAUACAUCUAGUGGGAACCAGGCGCCAUAUUUGUCUCACUGCAACCCCUCUCUCCCUAUUUCACUGUGCACAGUAAUGCUAUUUAGGAUCUGAGAAGACUGCCAGUUCAUGAUGUUCGUAUUUAUUUAUUUAUUUAUUUAUUAUUAUUAUUUUUUUUGUGAAACUCAAGUUUGUAGAAUCUUAGCACACACAACUACAGAAACCUUUUGUACUUUUUGUAGGUACAAAAAGUACCACGGCUGGUCAAUCAGUUGCUUGACUGAUAAAAAGUAAUGAGAGGCUAGCUUGAUGUCACAAAAAAAAAAAUGUGUGUUUUUAUGCUUAGAUCCAGUUGUUCCUGUUAGGGCUGCAUGGUUUUGGCCAAAAAUAAAAUCCAGAUUUUUUCUCUGAAAACUCUAUAUUCGAUUUUGAUUAAGAUUUUUUAUUCAGUGACAAUUUCACCAAACUUCACUUGAAAAAUAAAAGUUUUUCUAUCAUCUCUCAAAACGAAACCACUGAACAUGAUGUAGUGCAUAUGCCAAGCCAGUAAGUGGUGCUGUAACGCUGCCCAGGAAAUGCACAAAAGACAGAAGAAGAGUACGGGGCACGGGUAUAAAUGUUGUUUUGCCUGGACAUGCACAGCUGCCAUGAAAGAGUUAUGCUAUUAAUGACAUAAUCGUUUCAAGAGAGAUGCAGAUAGGCAUCCACACGAAGAUGAAAUGGUAGUCAUUUAUGAAUUUAUGCACUCUUGUACCCCUUUUCAAAAAGUAUGUUUACAGUCACCCAAAGCACCGUUUCGGUGUAGAUGAAAUGCCGAUACAAAAAAAACUUUUGCGUUUACUCCUGAAUUCGUUUCGGUGUGGACGGGUUGAUAGUGCCUUCAGACAGACUAUGCAGCAGGAAGUGGUUUGCUCUUCAUCUGAAACUGUGAAGCUGUACCAAUUCCACACUACUGACUUGCUCUUGUCCCUUUUAGCCACGAAGUUACCGCCUUUUCUUGCAAAUGCCAUGUUUGUUUACACUGGUGUGUGGGAACUGGAGAUCACUCUUGCAGGAAGUAGAAGACAUUGUCAUAAUCAAAUAAUCCGACUACGAUUUUAAAUGGAUUAGUCGUGCAGCCCUAGUUCCUGCUUGUCAAAUAGUUUUUUUGGUCUUGUAAAAAAAAUUAGUCAAAGAUCAAUACUGUAGGAAAUACCUAUGUAAGCUUUAGGCAACCUCAACAGGUAAUCCUCAUCUUUAGACGAAGCUGAAAAUUUAGAAAACAACUUCUUUUCAUCAUUUGAAUCAAUAUGCUACUCCACUCAGAUACCUAGGUCCAGAGCAGACACUUUUACAGAUCACAUUAAUGAAGCACUUCAAGAGGGAAAAAAAACAGGCAUUACUGCAAACUUAACUGAUGCAGAGUGAAUCUUUGAUUCAUUGUAUCAUCUUCCUGACAGUGAGCGAGAGUGAGUGUGUGUCUGUGGUUAUGAUGACGGGCUGUGAGAUGAACCCUUCUGUACGGUCAUGGGAGGAAACACAGCUGGAUCGGUUAACACCUGACACAGCAGCUGUUCACAUUGUUGAGUGACUCACAGCCUCGCUCUGUAUACACAGAAAUCUUGAGUCCUCUGCCAGUGUUGCUUUGCUAGUAAACAGAGUUUUAUAUUUUCACCAAAUUAAAAAUCCAUAAGAAAGAUUGAAAAUGUUACGUGUUUUUGACUCCUGGGGCUGUUUUACACAUUUACAGAAAGAACACAUCGAGCGCAGUGAUAUCACCAUAAAGUAAAUGACUGUAAAAACAUCAUAUUUUUUCAGCUGCAGGGUUGCUUUGUCUGCUAAAGAAAUAGAAAAUUAAACUUAGAGAACUUUAAAAGACAUCCUUUACCAUUACUUUACAAGACACCUACUGUCCGCUUUUCACACAUUUUUGUGUCACACCUCUUGUGCUACAUUUAGUCCAUCAUAUGGAUGAAGAGUCAUGUGUUUGUCUCUGCCGGUUUUGUUUUGCGCAUGUGUUCAAAUCACUUUUUUAACAAAGCAUCUUAUCCUGUUGUAUUAACCGUCACAUGUACUACAUAUGUAUAAUCUUUGCUGUGGAAAAGGUAAACGAAGACGGUUUCUACAGCACGCUGUUAACCAUUAUACCUGACACCCACCCCACGGCCAGGUUUCACACAUUAAAAAUAACUAUAAAAGUGUUCAGUCUUUAUGCUUUUGAUCUCAUCUGCUCUUCCAGUAGAUACAGAGGCAUCAAUUUUUGCCUCAGUCUGUUUCACAUCAACCUGAAAAUCCCAACAUGAGCUUUAAACAGGAGUCAAAAACCUUUCAAACAAAAAUAUCUUUGAAACACUGUACACUAAAGGGAAUAUAUAAAUGUAUUUAAAAAAAUGUAACUAUAAGAUCAGAAAAAAACUACGACACAUGCUCUAAAUUUGACAAAAGCUCAAAAAAAAAAAAAAAACCCUCCACAUUAAGGUACAUAAACUCACUAUUGUAAAAACUGUCUUUUGUUUCCUGUGUGGGUCCACAGUGCAUGCUGUUGUGUCAUACGUUAUGUAGACAAAAAAAGGAACAGCGGGAGAGAAACUUCUGCUACAACAGAUAAGACCUGAAUGAUACACUGUCUAUGAACUGCACAUAAAAUUAUCUCCAAAUAUGCUUAACUUAUCACACAGAGAUCCAGAAGUGAAGUCUACCAGAGAAUGACCCAAAUAUUUAGACAGUCAUGUCUGUUAGUGAAACUCUCUUGUGAUUAAACAGACAAUUCCACCUGUAGACAGAGAGAAACCUGAGAGCCUCCGUCUCUCCAGGGUCUGCUGCUUCUGCCUCUUUGCGCUGGUUAUCACAACCGUGGCUUCAAAUAUCGAUUCAUUCGCUCGCUUGGUAGUUUUUGGCCACAGGCAUGUGUAAGUGCUUAAGCUAUUUUAUACCCUGUUGCUAUUGAUGCAUGUAAUUGAAUUAUUAAACAAAAGCCACACUGCAGCUAAAGAUGAGCAUCAUGAUUUGAGCUUCAGUUUGUGGUAUCCUGACCUCCCACACUCACACACACACACACACACACACACACUGGAGUUUUCAUACUGUAAACCGUCCAGCGCUAUCAAUCAGACCAUCUGUCCCUGCCUGUAUUUAGAGUUCCAUGCAUACUGAUGUCUUACAACCCUGUUUUUCUGACACAAGUAUAACCUACAUGUGCAAUAUAAUACAUUGCUACCAUCAUUCAGGAUUGUAGCAAUUAUCUUCCACUGCUGUGUCAAUUUAGCGGGAGGUACAAGGCAAUCUGGUUAUCACUGCUUUUUGAGUGCUUUAGUGGUCCCUCUUCACAAAAGCACCUGUAAUCACAUUUCGCUGCUCUCUUUUAGUCGAGUCUCAAGGCUGCUCUAAUCUUAUCUGCUCUGUUCGGUCCUCCGUUUUAUUCGGUAAUUCUGGCUCUCUUUCUUUGUCUCAUUUUCUCUCUUUCCAUUUCCUACCUUAUGUUCUCCACCUUCUAAACUCGGCGACCCCUCUUAGCUUUCUCAUUUAUAUAAGGUUUAAGUACUUGUGCCUGUUGUUCGCCAUGCUAACAGAUCGGUUCUAUGAGUGUCCUCGGCAGCCUGUUGAUGUAUCCGCUCUGCUGAUAUGAAAUAUGUCUAAAAGUACAGAGUAAAUUGCUAAACUCCUUGACGAUUGAAAGAAGAGAGUAAGCCUGCUGAUUUUGAGAUUCCACUCUUGUGUAACGGUAUAGUAGAUGUGUUUGGUUUGAGUAAAAGGCUCUGAGAACAAAUGGUCUUCUAACCCCAGGAUGGUUGUAAUCAGUUUGUUGAUCUUUUAAUCCAGUGCCACAAACAGAUUUCUUGUAAUUGAGUAUAUCCAGUUCUCUGUAUUAGACAAGAUAUCUGCAAAAAUUAAUAACCAAAUAAUCUAACCAUCAGUUUUGUGUGGAAAUUUAGGUACUUUGUCCUCACAUAGAAGGAUAUUUGUCACUGCAGGUGUCAUGGCACAAAAAACAUAAGGAUGUUCUCAAGCAACUAACUUCCUUGUCAUUUAAACUGAAAUUGACUUAAGAUUAGUCCAAAGAUAAGAAAACAUUUAGGAUUUGAGCGCAUUUUGUUAAACAUGACAUCAAACUCAGAAUAACUGAGUCUUCAGGUACAUGAUCUCAAACUGGAUUGGAUUAAUUCUGGCAGAUUUAUCACCACCAGCCUUCAGUCCUCACUACAGAGUAACAUCUACACGCCUGUGCUGGUUGCACAUUGCUCUGCUCGAGUAGUUAUAUGCUAGAUUAUCUAAACACAGAAUACUAACGACUUUAUUUCCAUUUUGUCAAAAAGUGCCAAACCCGAAGAACACAUCGAAGAACAUGUACGCUUACUUUCAUGUCACCAUCCAUCUCUAACAACUUCUAAAUUACUUUACCACUUGAUUCAAAAGGGUCCCUGAGAUCAACAAAAAAUUCUCACUGUUACUUUGCAUUUGUUUUUGUUCCUUUGAAAUAUAAUGUAGACAAAAGCCAACGUGAUGUAUUUCAGGAAAAGCAAGUAAUGGUAAAAAAAAACAACAACACAGAACAGACACAUGAAUCUGGGGAGAAAGUGAUGUAUGAGCAUGCCUGCACCGAGUAAAUGAAACUCUUUUUCAAAUUAGAUUGAUUUUGAGAUUGAAGCAGCUGCAACGUAGCAAACGUUUCUUUACAAAUCAGCCAACAGCAGCAUAUGUUUGACUCUGGUUUCAGCAUCAGAUAAAUAGAAGAUUCACUUCUUCUCAAGAAGCCUCUCUUUUUUUUCAGACUUUUUUAAGCCGAGCCUCUCAGCUUAUCUGUUGUCCCUGAAAGGCCUGGGAUAUUGUAUAGCUCCACUUCAGAGGCUGUAGAAACCUGAGCCGUGGCCUCCAGGUCAUGAGGUGUCCAGUCUCUGUUGACAGCGCACUGAAAUAUUGGCUGUGUUGGGUCACUCUCUUCCUCCUCCUGCUCCUCCUCUUUCUCUUUUUCUCCCCAACGUUUUGUGAAUAGGUGAUCCAUUAACAGAAAUGGACUAGCAUUGAUGGUAUCUCCAUUUCCCCUGGCUUUUCUCUCUUUUUCUGUCUGAGUGAAGGUCAGGGACAGUCUGUGUCUUUGUCUGAGUUGGUUUGCUUCUCUUUCCUCGCUUCCAAAGAGUACAUUAUCAUGAAAAAAACUCAUAAUUCGUCCUAUGUCUAACUCAUUUCCGUCUAUUUAUGGGCAUAAUUCAGAGAAAUCAGCUGAUUUGGGGUUUCAUUAUAGAGGAUCAUACAACCCCAGUGCUUAUGCUCAGUGUAAAUGAUCAGCAUAGGCACAAUAACAAAUCAGGAUAAGUUAUCAAAAGUGUUUAUAAUUAGCUGAGUGGGGACUGCACUAAAGGUGUUAUACCUCUGUUUUUCUUUGUAUGUGUUUUCUCCUGUUGUCUGCUGGAGUUUUUGUCAUUCUCUCUCUUUCUCUCUCUCUCUCUCUCUCUCUCUCUUUUGUAAACCUCUGUCCUCUCUCUGCUUCGAGUCAGCUAUGAGCCACUUGGCACGGUGCCAUCACAAUCCAUUCACCACAGCUCAGUGAGAUCGCACAGCCGCUACUAUAUACUAGAGUGCACCCUGUCCUUUCCCGCAGCUCCCAUUUCAACAGUAAAAUAGCAAAAUGGCCACUUCACGGAUCUCCCCCUCUUCACCGCAUUGUGUUCUCAUGAGACACUGACAGUAACUGUGUGGGUGUGUGAGUGUCCGUUGGUGUUGUAGUAAGUCUGUGCAGCAUUAGCGAGUGGUUACGUACAGUUAGUGCGCUGUAGUCUUUAAACUAGGAGGGCAAAGUUGUGACAUUUGGAGAAUAAAGUUAUUUUGUUACGAGCAUAAUGAUUCUUUUUUAUUUUUGAAUAACGUCACCAUGUUUCGAGAACAGUGAUUUAUCAUAAUAUUAAGAGGGUAAAGUUGUGGUAUUUUGAGAUUAAAGUCAUUAUAUUUGGAGGAUUUAGUUUUGAAAAUUAAGUCAUCUGUGAGAAUAAAGUUUUAAAUGUCAUCAACAAUUAGCCACACAAUAAUAUCAGAAAUUUACCAACAGGGUUGUUGUGUUUUGAGAGUAAAGUUGUAAUGUUUUGGCUGCUCACUGUAAACCGAAACUAUGACUUAUCAUGACUUUAUAUUCUUUACACAAUGACUUUAUUUCAGUAACAUAACUUUAUUCUUGUAAGAAUAUGACUUAAGCGAGACUUUUGUCUGAUAUCAAGAUACUUCAAAUCUCCUUACAUGGUAACUUAACUCUGAAAAUAUUAUGACUUGAUGAUGACUUUAUUCUUAUAACAUUACAACACUUUUCUCAAAGUCUAAAAAUCAGUUUUUUCCCUGUGUUGCCUUCGUACUCUGCUGGAGGCUUUUUAUCUAUAGUUAUAUGUUUCAUUCUACAUUGUUAUAUAUUGAUUUCUGAUCAGGUCAUGGUGUCCGGCGCUCACCUAUCACAGACCAGAGUUUCACGGCUGUUUUGCACACUCCCCAUCACACUUCCACUCCAGUUUGUUUGAGUGUAAUGGCUUCCAUACCCCACUCAGAAUGAUCCUCUUGUUUUGCCAAGUGAAACCAUUGGCAGUGAGCUGGGAAAUGGCUGCUAACGUUUUAAUGACUUAAUGAGACCUAAUUAGGUGAAAUGGGAGAGAGGAAGAGAGGAGCUGUUGAGGUGAUCUGUGUCAGUGUGUGUUGGCGGGUAAGUGUUCCUGUUCUUACAAGAUGUUGCGCAUAUUUUGUUGUCUUUAUUUUUAAGUUUGUAAGUACAAGUCUCUGUAUAACCGCUGUAAUGGUGCAUAAUGGUGCAUCCAUGUGUAUAUUGUUCCCAUAGCAGGUGUGUGUGUGUGUGUGUGUUUGUGGCAGAGCACUGUGCAGCCUUUCUCAGCAUUAGCCUGCCUCUUCAUCAGAAAGUGGUGGUGGGGGGUCAGGCCUCAUUUAAUCAAGGAAAAAAUUCCAUCUCCCAUUAACUUAAUUAAUCCAACGGCGGAGAAAGAGAAGCAGAAAGAAAUGUGCCCGUGUGUGGGAGUGUAUGUGUAUGAGUGUGUCUCAGUGCAUAUGCUAGAAAAUAGUCUUUCAGAGCUGAAUUCACAAAGAGGCUUGUCAAAUUAAGCAAAGAAAGGGAGUUUUAAUGAUGUUACUUGAACAGUUACAGUAAUGACUUCUUAAAAGACUUUUUUUGUGUGUGAAAAGGAUUUGAGUUGUAAUGCCAAGAAAUCUGUCCAACAGAGUUAAACCUUUUAAUUGUGAAAAUGUAUUCAUCAAAAAGAUUUCUGUGUAUUGGACAGGUAAUAUGUUGAACAAAUCUUAGCUUUUCAAUAAAAUCUGCACCAAAAAGACAAGGAGACAUUUCUAGUUCUUUUCUAAGCUGAGCUGUGAUCAGCGGCUGCUCGACUCCCUGCAUUUUAAAGAAGUUAAAGCCACAAAGCCAGGGUCUGAUUGUAUUAAUUAUACUUUUAUUUAUCUCUACAAAUCCUUGUGUUUUUCUGAGCGGUGGGCCAUAGAGUGAAUGAAGAGAGACUGGGUACCAACAGACUGAACAAUCAGCAGAUACAGGGCCCAUGGGAGACACCGCGUCCUCUCAGCCUCACAGUUUUCUUGGCUGGUAACAUUUCUUUAGUUACAGUUUUGGGCUGAAUCAACAGGAUUAAAAAAAUUUGAAUACAUUUGUACCAUUAUUAGGAUCAUAUGAAAAUGUGUUGGAAUUAAAGUAAGUAAUUCCUGCUUGUUUCAAUUAGCUAGUCCACAGUUAAGCACUUUACAUGCAGACUGUGGACGCUGAGCAGAACAAAUGUGAACUGAGUCUGAAAAUCACCCCACUGAGUGUGUAAAACAGACAGUGCAUUUGUAAAGGGAACAAGCACAAGACUGGGAUCUGGGAUGUAGUGGAGAUGUAUGUUGCAUGAAGACAUUGAAGGCACAUUGUUUGUGUUUUCAACGUGAAUUUAAAUCAGGUGUUCUCCUCUUUGGCCUCCUACUUAAAAUGUACAAAAAUGGAAAACCUCAAGACAUACAAUGCAUGAAAAAUCAGUUUCACAUAUUUCAUUAUUUGCUAUACAGAAGAAGUGUACAUACUGUGAUGCAUUUCUUUUUUCUGUACCUAAUUGAAUCUUAUCACCGUAGCUCCUUAUUUCUUAUUAGAAUUUAGGGCUGAAAUACUUUCUGCUUGAUUCCACAGUUAGCAUGUGUAGUAUGUUCUGUAACCGCUGCGCCCUCCGGAGCUGAUCCACGCCGGCUUGUGUGAAAAAUACAGUGUAAAAUAUUAGAUCCAUGUCUGUCACAACCAGACUUUUAAAUGUAGAUGUUGCCUGAAGUCAAGGCACGACAAAAUCACACAGAAAGCAUCAAAUACACCAGAGGAAUCUUUCUAUUACAUAGAAUACUCAAAAGAGGUGGCCAAUUAUUAGUGUUGAUUUCUCUUGUUUGUAUUCUUGGUUUUUUUUAACUGAUUUUAGAUGAAAAUUUCUUGACUUGUCAAAAAGUGCUCUACUUUGGCUGUAGUGCGUGUUUAUCUCACUGUCUGGGUCUGUUGCAUGAGUCUUUUUCAUUUAGAGCCCCGCCCACAACAUGAUCUGAUUGGCAACUGUGACAAAACUCUAAUUUUAGCAAAGCUAGUUCACUGUAAAUGCUGGAAAGUUUCAGUUUUUAGAUAAAUGUUGAUAAAAAGCUGCAUAAUAAAGCUCCUACAUGAUUGUACAUGAACUCCAGCUGCUUGGACCUGUGAUUCACAGAGCUACACUUUGGAAACAGAACCAGUGGUGUUAAGUCAAAUGGACCAUUAGAUGGAAUAAAACCCUCAUUCAGGUGCAACAAAAGCUUGGUGUGGAAUCACAGGGUUGUACCUUGGACUGGAUCUCUAAGAGAAAAAUUGUGCAAUGUUUCUUUCCACUUAUUCAAAGAUUAUAUUCUCAAGUUUCACUGUGACUAAGAACUGAUUUUUAUGCAUAAUGUAUCAGGAAAUAGGUACCUAAUAAAUCAUUAACUCCUGGACAAUGCACAAGGUAGUAUGUAUAGUCAGCUUGAAGAAAAGCUACUAAUGACCUUCCUCUUUUUUUUCCAGUGUGUGUGUGUGUGUACGUGCGUGUUUGGGUGUUUGUGUGUGUGUGUGUGUGUGUGUGUGCUGCUUUCCAGCCUCUUCAUAGGAGAUAAUUAACUGCCAUCACGUCAGUCGAGAUUUGUUGUCUUCUGUUCUUUUUGUCUCCCACCUCUCAGUCUCUCUCUCUUCGUUUCCAUCACCAAGAUCCUCUGCAUUGUUUUGUUGUUUUCGUCUUUCAUAUCAGAAAUGAAAUAAGUCUGUGAUUUGCAGCACGUACUGUACCGUUGUAAACAUACUGAUGUAGAACUGAAUAGAGUAAGAAUGAUAAUGUUAAAAAUGUAGGGAGUGAAAACAGUGCAAUGAGUCAUUUGCACAUUCGUGCUGCAGGUUUAGACUCUUUUUUAAAGAAGUGAGUUGAAUAAAAUCUGCCUCCAUCUCUCAGCCAAUCACAGCUGAGAUGAACCCCAAAUCGCAGUCAUUAAAUAAUCCAAAAUAAGAAAUGUAUUCAGUGUUGUUUUCCUCAUGCUACUGCACUCAUUUCACUUUCAGAGCUCUAUCGCCUCCUCCUCCUCCUCCCCCUCCUACUCCUGCUCCUCUUCUCUGGCCUCUUCUGUCCCCAAAACACCCCGCCUCUGGAAUGUGCCACCCCUAUCCGUCUGCGCUGCCAACACUAUUGAUUCUAUUGAAGUUAUGCCAUCAAAUGACAAAUCGCCAAAUUCUGAAGUUGAAACACGGACAAAAAAAUGUCAGAAGUGACGAAUGAUGCAGAUGUGUUGAAAAAUCGGAUCGAUGAAACAGAAAAGCCCUGCCUUUAAUGGAAAGUUGAGCUAUAAUCAUGUCCACAGAGCAAUAAAGAAGUUACUGCACUGAGCUCUCCUAGUGUUGUGCUAAGUUAUUUAAGUUCUCUUUUAAAAUGAAAAUAAAGUUGCUUUUAAAGAAAAUAUAUAGCUAAACUAAAAGUUCUGCUGAUGUGGAGCAUGUUUUACAAAUAUAACUUUUUUUCCCCCACAGAAACGCCUUAUUCAGUGGAGCUGAGCUGCGGGGCCGGGCCCAGCCAUGUAGUAUUGGAGCCAGGUUCACCCCUCCUGCUAGACUGCAACCUUGGGGCCAGCGACACACCUUUCAAUGUCACCUGGCUUCAGGAUGGUCAGCCUCUGCCUCUGGAGGGGGGUGACUCUCUGCAGUAUUUGGGGAAUGGAUCCCUCGUCCUGCUGCCAGCCGCUGGGGAUGGUCAGUCCACACAGAGCGUGGAAGGGAGCUACAGCUGUGUGAGCGCCAGCGCCCUCGGAGCCCUGACCAGCAGGACUAUAAAUGUUCUCCUAGCAGGUAGGUGCCCAGUUGCUACAAGUGUUGCAAGGCUCUUACACAGCCAUGUAUGAUUUCAGCUAUAUUUGGUUAUUUAAAUGCAAACAUGUAUGCAAAUCAGUCCUUUCAUGCUGCAAAUGUAUGGCCUCAGGUCACCCGGGAGCUAAACUCGAAGUAGGUUGAAUAUGAGUGGUUUAUUCUGUCUUCUUGUUCUGCCCUGAUGGACUGCAGAUUAGUCUGGAGUGUGCCAUGCCAUUCGCCCAAUUCAUACUGAGAUAGAGUCCCCACAGGAGUAAUGUUCAAGCGGAUGGAUAGUCCAACAAAUUUUCCUCAUGAGCAGAGCUGCUUUAGGGACAAAAUUGAAUUAAUAGAAGGAGCAGAGCAGAAAGGCUUUAGCACCUUUAAGGAGAAGAUGAGAGCCAGAAAACUUAUUUUCGCAUUUUCUUAAAGGACAUUAAAUUUACUGGCUCGAGCAUCUCAGGUAGGGACUGUCACCUGGUUUUAUUGUUAAAAUAAAAAUAAAUAAUCUAAAAAUGUAACCUCAGACUUAUGUGAUGAACUCAUUUUAAUAUAGGGUAUUAUACAAAGUUUCAAACCAUAGAUGUCUUUCAGUGAGCAAAUACUAUGAAGGUUGUUAGUAGUAAAGCCGUUAGAUGAAAUAUAAGGAUGUCCUGGUCCUGAUAUUAAGAUCUGAGCAGAUUUGAGCAUUUAAGUCAAUCAUCCAACCCAGAUCCCUUACCUGAGCCGCCCCUGAGCACAGUUUACAGUAAAGCAGGUGUGCGCAAGUAACUUCAGAGUGUAACCUCACAUUCUGGGUUCACCUGAUAGUUCAUGCUUCAUAAGAAUCUAAUAAACAGGACAUCAGCGUAGAAAUUCAGACACAACUUUAACUGCAUGAGCACAUGUGCACAGCCUGACAGAUACAACAACAGAAGCCGCUCUACAGCAGCCCACAUCGACAUAUGGUUCAAAAAGGUGAAAGCAAUUGCUACCCGACUGCAAAAAUUUCAGCAGAGUGGAAGCAUUUUAACUCUAAAGUGAAAACUGUCCAACAGCCAUGUGCAAUAUAUGAAAUAUCAUCAUUUUUUGAGGCAGUGGCAGUUAGAUACAACAUCUAAAAGCUAAAUGUACAACAGAAUACGGAGCAUUCAGAGGGAAAGGCUACGAUGGACCUUUGGCUUCAAAAGGAUGGAUAAAUAUCUUCAAGUGUGAGAAAAAGCCAAAACAAUUUCAGAGAUGCUGAGUGAAUCUGUUUGGACAGCCAGCCAAUCUGUGCAGUAGAGAAUGGAGGUUUUUGUGUCUUUUUGAUCCACGCUGUGACCUGCUGUUUUGACUCUACCGAAUACUCCAGCUUUACAGCAAAGUUCAAGGUGAUUAAAAACAUGAUGAGAUUGCUGUUUGUUUCACAACAGGCAUUUGGAGCUCUGAUGUGUCUCAUAUAAUUACUGAACCUCACAGCACACUGGAUUCAUCCCUCCCCUUUCCAGUCAAAAAUGAAAAGAUAGCCCUGAAAAGGGUACGAGUUAAUUUCCAGUAUUUGGGUUCGUAGUCCAGCAGCUGUGCACUGCUAUUGUGAUUCUUGCACUGUCCUAUGAGAGCUGCAUUUGUAGCAGCACUACCUUUAGUCCAGUGGUUCUCAAGUCCAGUCCUCGAGCCCCCCCCAUCCUGCAUGUUUUGGAUGUUUCCCUGCUGCAACACACCUGAUUCAAAUGAUCAACUCGUUAAGCCAUUACAGAGCUUGAUAACGAGCUGAUCAUUUGAAUCAGGUGUGUUGGAGCAGGGAAACAUCCAAAACAUGCAGGAUGGGGGGGCUCGAGGACUGGACUUGAGAACCACUGCUUUAGUCUAAGCAUGUAGAGUUGAAUUAAAUGUACUCCAGUAUCAAGGAUCUGAUACAGCAGAUGCAAAACGGAUUACUUGUGAGUUUUAAACAAUGUUUGCUAGAUCUAAUUAGUUUUAAGAUGAAGAUAUCUGUGUUGUAUGUUUCGGGGCAGUCAAAGCUAUAACUGCCAUGAGAUGCAGGCUGCAGAGUCAUCAUGAUAUUAGACCUGAAAUUGGUUUGAUUCAUUCAUCCGUCAGGAGCUCACAGUGGACUGUACUUGCACACACACUUAAGCACAGAGCAAUGCGAUUUGUCAGAUUUGUCGAGGGACUUUCCUCGCGUUGAAGGUGAUGAACUUGGUCCUCCUCUGCCUCAAAGGGGAGACUUCUCCUCCAGUGGAGCGCUAACAAGUGUCCUGGGAACAGGUACACUCUAAAACAACGGUCUGUUAAAAGGCACGGACUGAAGGAGGAAGUGUGGGAGAAAAGAAGAGAAAUGAACAUGAAAAUGCGUGUGUGAGGGACAAGAGGACACACUGUAGCUUUUUAAUCGGCCCUCCAAGGAGGCCUCUUUCUCUCGCACCGCUAAGUGGCAGUCUUUAUUUAGUCAUUAGCUUUGUGUAAAAUGAGACAGUAUCCUUUGUGGAUGACCCUGCUUUUGUCAGCUGUCACAUGCCUAUUUAUGAGGAUCUCUUGUUUGAGGGACAAUAAGGAGUGGGGGGCGAGGGGGGGGUGCUGGAUGAAUGGUGGGAAGGCAGAACAGGCUGAAGAGAGUUUGCGGUGAUAGUGAAAGGAAAAGCCUCGCAGACCAUUAAGAAUGACCUUCAGUUGGCGGGUGUGUACACCAACAUGUAUGUGUGAGUGGUUUUUGAAUUAAAUCAGCAGUGAGGGGCAAUGAGAUAGAUGUGACCAGCGUGCAGCAGGUCACAGCCGAACUGCCUCCACGUUGACAUUGAGCGGGCAUUCUCAUUUCUUACUGCGACUUGAGCGGCAGAAAUGAGUCUGAAGAGAGAACGCAGCAGAGAUCACAUCUGUGAAAACACAUUACGAAAGCCACCUGCUCUAGUUUUCCCCGUCGCAGAGUUUGAUGCAUGUGGCCUCAUCUGAGUGUAUGUGAAUGUUUUUGAGAGGCAGGGCGACAGUGAAAGAGACCUGCUCUUAUUUUAAAUGCUGAUAAAAAUGUAAAUAGGUUCAGCGUUUCAGUCUCUUACUCACUCUCCUCUCGGCGAAACGCCAAAGGCCGCGUACAGUGUGCAAAUAACAUUCCCCAAAUACAUAGACGGAUAAAUGAUGAUGCUGGAAAAUAAAGCUGCUUUUAAUGUUAAUUAGAUCAAUUAACCUUCCUCAUUAUGAGGCUGCUGAGGUGAAUGUCAGUGUUUCCUAAUUCCUACCUGCUUUCCAAAGCCUUUUCAAUCAAAGAGCCGAUGCCAUAACCAUGAAGAGUAUGCCUCCUCCUCCUCCAUACAAACAAGCUGCUUAUUCUUUGACUCGUUGCUCUUCAUUUGCAAAGGACAGAGGCAGAGAAGUGAAUUUUCUCUUUUAACUUUUAGAGAGCUGUAUUUUGUACCAACUUUUGCAACUCACACGUAGGUGUUUCAUCUCAUGUACUCCUGCUUUUUUUUGUUUGUGAUUCACAGGAGAACCACGUGACUUUUUGUUUGCAGUGUUGAAAAUACAUUGUUGUUUUUUACAUUGUUUUUGGACAUCAGUUGAUACAGAGACAAAAAUAUCUAUAUGACCUCCUCAGCUCUCGGUUUCUUUCAAGUAUAACUGGAACAGGGACUAGAAUGCAGAGAUGAAGUUUGUUUUUACAUGUAAUGAAAGGUAGAGGAAAGUCAGCCAUGUACCUAAUCGCUCCACUCUGGUAUUGUUGUGAGUUUAGGAGGAAACCAGCCUCUUGUAUUGGCUUUCUUACAAGCAGAAAUCAAAAUGCCUAUCAGGUGUUUUACAGUGCUCCUUGCCUGAAUAUCUAUGUUUCCUAAUUAUCACAUGAUAAACUGUUAUUGACAUACUGAGAUCUACAGUAAUGAAAAAAGACAAGCUAGAGACUAGAUUAAAAAAAAGACAACAACAAUCACAACAGCAUAAGUACAAGAUGUACGUCUGAGAGGCUGAAAAACAGCCCUCACCUGUAAAAUCUGCAGGCAGCACUUGGAUUUUUAAACAUUUUGGAAUGUUAUUAGAAACAAACAGACAGGGAAAAUGUACAACUGUAACACCCCGACACCUAAAGAAUAAAGUGGGGUGUGCCCCACAUUAAGAGGUUAUGAUCCUCAACCCUUCGCUCUCAGCUCUUUCUGUGUCUCUUACUCUGUCCUGUCCUCUCAAAAAUAGAAGCAAACAGGCUGAAAAUACAUUUUAGAAAAUAAUAAUAAAUAAUUUGUUGUGCAAUUACACAGUUGAUGUAAAUAAAACAGUUUAUCUCACACCAAAGUCAAUUCUGAAAACGUUAAUUAAUUAUUCAUUGCCGUUAAAGUGCAUUAUGAAGUGGAAACAAAUGGAUGCUACCUACAGAGACUGUAGGUUUGGAGUAAGACAGCCAAUUACACAAGGAGUCGUUAUAAUUUAACACUUAUUGUGAAACUCAGUGAUAUUGAACUGAUAAGGGUCUUAUCACUGGGCACUUCCAGGUUGGCUGUGUGGAAGCCACACUGACUUGACUAUAUCGAUUCUAUUCCUGCUGAAAUCCUUACAGAUUCCUCUUUAUGACCAUCAAAAGUGAGUGAUUCCAUCACAAGUUAGACUGAUGGUUUCUUAUAGUGAUAUUAAAUGCAUUUCAUUACCAUUUCACACAAAGUGGAUUACAGCGCACUACUUAUCAUUCCAUAGCAGCAAUUCUUGGCAAGUGAUAUAUUUUAAACUGCUAAGUGGGAAUUGGAAAACCAGUCCUAGAGUAGAAGUAGUUCUAGCUAGUUCAAGCCAUCGGCAUAGUUUAUCUUAAAGCUUAGUGUUUCUCUUACUGAUACCCUCCACUUGGUUCUGCGUGCUUUGCAAAACAAUGAUGUGACACAAUGACGGGAGAGACAGUCUUUAAUCUUUGUUGUUGGCUGACUUCGCUAAUGGAAGGCAGCCAUUUUUGUUUUGGUCUUUAGACCAAUCGGAGGCUAGACCUAUGAUCAGCUGACCUGUAAAAACCCAAUCAGAAGCCAGUAUUUCAUUUCUCAACAGUGAAAGAAUAAAUCAUGAAAAUAACUUUGGUUAAUGCUUUUUUUGAAUGUCCACCUGUUGACACUUGACGUGUAGAUAUGUAGUUGUGUGUCAACAGUGUGUCACUUGACGUUUAAAAACCUUUUUUUCAAUAGACAAGUAAAAUGAAUUUAACUAACAGCCAAUUAACUAUAAUUUCUACGUAGUAAUAGUUUUCUCAUUAGAAUCAGGGCUGGAGCCCGACGGGCCCAGAGACGAUGAACAGGGAUGAGGGGGAAUACAUGCUCUCACACAUCUGGGGUAGUGUCCUGCAGAGGCAAAAAGAUAGUCAAAAAACUUGACAGGAGGAUCACACGUCUGUAACACCAGCUGAUUUGAUGCAUCACACCUACUACCAAGUGACACUUUUGAGGAAGGUGGAAGUUUCUGCUGAAAGAUGUCAGGGUAUGUGAAAAGAGUACAUGUCUGAGACAAAAGAAAACUAUAUCUGAGUAACUGAAGACAUAUUCAACAUUAUUCAACUCCAACUUCUACUUAAAAUAAUGGAGGUAUUUGUAAAAAUCCUGGAGAUAUUUGUAAAAAUCAGAUUUUUGAGGGACAAUUUUUUUUCUCAUGAUCUUAGUCGGUUUGUUUCUUGAGUCAGCCAAUUAUUGCUAUACAUGAUUUUGACAAAUAUGUUAAAAAUCUUCCUCUGUAUGAAUGGAAUGAGUUGAAGGGCUGUGAAUUUUAACAGGAAAAACACUUUUUAUGAAGGACAGUGAUGGGUCCUCACUUAUAAGAAAAUUUCUUCCUUGUACCUGGAAACAUAGAUUGAGGAUUUGGUGAUUUUACUCCUGUGCUUGUCAAAACUGGGAACCCCUCGAUCUCUUCUGCCAGACUCUGCACUGCGUGAGACUUUUAAAGUCCUCUGAAACUUUUCAGUGGCCAAGGUUUGAUUUGUUGUCCUCUACAAUCUUCCUCUGUCAUCAUCCAUACAUUACAGUUGUGAAAAAAAAGUUGAAAACAAUCCUUGAACGAGAUAAACGCCUUUAAAUGUAGGAAGUGAAUCAUGCUGAAGAUUGAAAAUGAUAAAAGAAAUUGCACAUAUUUCACAGUAGCUCAUACAAGUGGUAGUUCGGGUUAGGGGCUUGCUUAAUGGGUUUCCCCACGGUUAGUCAGCCAGAAGGCUGGGUAGCAACAAGGUCACGGGUGGAAUUAUCUACUUGCACAAGGGGAGGGGAAAAACACUGCAAUCUGAUAGCUGUGGGGCCAAAGAGUGGGGCAUAGACAGAGGGACGAACAAAGACAGAGAAAGUUAAGUUGGGGUAAAGUCAAGGGCAGGAGGUAGAGAGAAAGAAAGAGAGAAAGAGAGAGAGGCAGUAAAAAAAAGAAGUCACAGGAGGAGCGAUGUCAGCUCUGCAGCAUCUGAGCACACUGGACCAGCCUGCUGUGGAAUUUGAUUUUGGGCCUACAGACCCUCAAGGAAUCCUGGGAAAAGACUAAUAUGAUUACGCUUUGACAGAGCGGAGGUGGAAGCUCAGCCAGUCGCCAUUGUUCCAUCACAGCGUGGGCAGAGUGUCUUCCCCAAACUCACCCCCCUCCCAUCCCCUAUGCAUUAACGUCCGCUAAUGUGCACUCUCGCUGAUCAGCUGUUGUUCAACACUCACACACACACACACAAACACAAAAGUCCUGCACACGCAUGCACACAGUCAUUCUGUGCUGUCACAGGCAGUCCAUGUACAGGAUUCAAGGAACACACUAGAGCAAACACUGAGGUACAAAUAGCUCAACACACACUGUCAGCUGCUCUCUGGCACUGUUACAGGUGCUGUGUUUACAUGAGGGCAGCGUCAUGCUGUGUAAUGGCUGCAAGUGACAGAGGUUAAUCAUCAACUCCUCUUGCAAAGCUUGGUAUCAAACAGUCAUUGCAGCUUUUUUUUCUGAAAUUACUCACAUGUUUUCUGCUACUACAGAGUGUGACAGCCUCUGUUCUCUCAUUCACAAACUUUGUUCCUCUGCGCUGUGGGAAAAACACAGAUGGUGUGUUUGCUGCCACGAUGAACAGUUGGUGUGAAAGGGGUCGGGUGAUCUUGGAUCGCCUCUCUGUCUCCUUAAGCUCACAGUGGUUUAGAGGAAAUCUUGUCCAAAAUAUUCAGAAAGCUCAAGUGUAGAAAUGUUUUUGUGUCAGGUUGUGAGUUUAAAAACAAGAACGUCUGUAAAUUCCUCCUCUUGGAAGUUUGAUGUUAAAGCAGAGAGAAGUGUUGGAGCUGUUCCAGGACCCGCACUUGGUCCGCCCCUCUAUAGUUCUGCUGAAGUAGGUUAGCAUUCCUCUUUGUCCACACUCUGAUGGGUAGCUUAUAUAGACUAAAGCUGCUGAUCUGAAUUGAAAUGUUAAUCUGCAGACCAUUUAUGUAGCAGAUGAAGGUCCUUACCCAAAUAUCUGGGUAAUAUCUGUGUGAAUUAACCAAACAGCAACUUUUAAGAUGUUGAAAAAUGAAGCAAAUGUGGGAUCUGCAGUUCCCUGAGCGUCCACUUGAGGCAUGCCUUGACUGUCCCCAUUAAAGCCCAUAAUGAUGUGCCCAUUUUACAAAAGAACAAACACGAUCACAGCCUGAUACAAAACGAGUUUGGUCUCUUUACUUCCUUUUUGUAUUUGAUGCAAUCUAUAACCUAGAGUUAAACCUUGAAUGUUAACAGUUAUGUUAAAAGUCCAUUAGGUCUUAAAGACUUUCUUGAUAAUACAUUUUUUAAACAGUUUAUGUUAAGGGAAGAUAAAAACAUUCUCAUAUUGCAUACAGUUUUAGCGUUUAGUGUUUUCAGUUUAAAUCAUGGUUCACUACAAACCAACUGCCCCAAAAAUGUUGCCCACAGUGCCAACGCUCAGCCAGAGACUGAAAAGUCCCUUACAUACCAGUGACAAUGGUGCCUCCUCAGCAUGUGCUCUCUCCUACUGGACUAGCCGUGACCUGGUUGUGUUUUAACUAUAUUUCUGGACUCUUGUUGCAGAAAAUUCACAUUUCAUAAUUUGAGUUUGGUUUCUAGCUAAGCUAAAAGCUAUUUGGAGUCAGCAUGGCGACUGCCAUCUUUGACCCUUACAACACCUCUUUAGAAACCAGAAGACAUCACUGUGACCAGACUCAUGUUUCAUACAGUCAGUGGUAUUGCUUUAAAAAUAUAUACUGACAUCAGUGGAUACCAUCUUAAGCAUCUAAAGCCCCCUUUAGGUAUAGGCCUCUGUACUUUUUAUGAUCUUUCCCCAACAGAACAAUCAGGGCCUGAAAUUUUAUGAAAAUGCGUUUCACACAUGUCCCACACAGCGAAGUGCUCUCUUACAUCUGAAAAAACUCACCCUGGUUUAUGAAGGGGUGAUGUCUGUUGGACUAAUAGAAUCUGUAAUCAUGAAUAUUAGAUAAUGGAUUUGUUUUAUUACAACAUGGGUGGGCAGGUGGAGUCUGACUAUGUAGAUGACAAGGUAUCUGUCGGCUUCUUUUCUACUGUGCUGCAGUCAAGAUCCUCCUUUGGUGUCGUGUCUCUGCUCAGUUUGUUCAUUGGACUCUUGAUUUGAAAGUCCAAAUCAACAGAUUCAAAAAGUCAAUCAUAGGAAUCUAUCAGCAGCCCAAUCAGCCUGGCAUUUUCCAUCAAAACAAAAUCAGACAGGCACAGAAAACAUCUCAGACUCAUCUCACAGUCUCCACUCUGAAUACCAGCUACUCCCUUCAGGGAGACAAUACAGGGUUUUGCCCUGUGUCUAUUAAAGCCCUCCUAAACACCACCUAAACUUUAAUGUGUAUGUGACUGUGCUCGCAGAUGUUCAUCAUGAUUUUUAUUUGUUUCUAGACCUAUAUAUUUUUAGAUUAUGUGUUAAAUUUUAUAGUGAUGCAAGUAGAUGUGUUUUUAUGGUUUAUUAAUGUACUGUAGUAUAUUUUUUACUGUAUGAGAGCGAUGUGAAGUACAAGACAAAUUUCCCAACGGAACAAUAAAGUAUCUUAUUUUUUGUUUCUGCAAUACAAACACGCUAGCUGAGAACAAUAUAUAAACAACAGAGGCAAACCGUAAAGACGAUCUCCCGCCAUACUGGUUGGCUGUAAAUAUGUCAGACAUCUAACGGCUUCAUACAUCAACUCACCGUUUUUUAAGGGGGUUGCUAGGAUAUAAUCUGAAUAAAGUCUGCUCUUUUUCCAGACAGAAAGAUCAUUUUCAAAAAGGCUCUGCUAAAUUUGGUGAUUCCUUAACUCUGCAUUUUGCCAAAAGCUGCGUGUUAAAUUAACAUUCCAGCUAUAGAAACCAGAAACCUUGAUAGCAGGUUUCAUCUCACCUCCGAGCAAGACCUAAUCUUCUGUGAGAAAAAAAAAAAGCAUAGCUGAGUAAUUUCUUCACACUUAAUCAUUCAUUUAAUAAACUGUCUCUACUGCCCUUUUGAAUAACUGAAUCAAAUUUAUUCCUCCUGCAAAGGAAAUCUUUGAAUACACUGCGGUAUAAUCAUAGCAUGUUUUCAUGCUGUGCAAAUCUGGUUUGAAUUAGUUCUGCAAUUAACCUAACAUGGAGAAAAUGUGUUGCAGAAAAUGACACAGAAAGCAAACAGAAUGGCUGAUUUAUCCAGAUGUCUCACCGUAUUUGUUACGUAUUACUCGGCUCAGACAGGAUUUCUUCUUAUGAUUGGUUUGUUGAAAUUCUCCUGUCAGCUAUCACCCUCUCUGAUCGUUACAUACCCUCUUAGUUAAGCUCAUUCAUGUCAUCCCCUCUUUUCUCUCUUUGUCUGCUUUCUUCUGCCUUCACUUUGUUUCUCUUUCCUCUUUCUUUCUCUGCUCUUUCCUUUCAUCCUCUCCCACUCUCUGCUCCUGAGUCAGAGCUACAGGCAAAGUUGCUGGGACAUUCAGCCAGUUUUGUUCUUUUCUCCAGCAGCCUGUGGGAGUCAGAGGUCAGAGGCCCCUCAGACAGUGCUCAGUGCUGCCCCCUGCUGCCACAGUGUUUUCUGUUGAAGGGAAAUCUUUCCUGUGGGAGGAAGUGUUGAGGCUGUGAAAACUGGAGCUUUUCCAAGACUCAACCUGUGAGAGGGACAUAAUCUCGCCAAGCCUGAUUAAAUCGCCACAUUUCUCUUAAUCAGACAUACAAGGAUAUUUAAAUGUCCUCAAGUUUUUCCUUUAAUUACUUGAUUUGUUUUGCCUCAAAAUGGCCUGAAUUCAACCAAAUGUCUAUGAGAUAGAGACUCUACCAGAGUCAUGAAGCAUUGUAAGUAUAAUUCCUCACCAAACACUCCUUAUGCAGAUAGAAUUAAAAGGAACUCAAAGUUUUGAUAAUAAUAAAAAGGUCAUUCUGAUGUUAUACGAAAAGUUAAUGGGCCAAUCAUUUGUUGAGAUUUUGAUUUUUUUUUGUGCUUUUGAAAGUCCUCCCUCACCUCUGUCACUUCUCUGCCCACAGGUCUGUCUAACUUCCAUCAGGAGCCGUCACCACAAACGGUGCCCAGUGGGGGAGCCGCUCGCUUUGAGUGUCAGAUUGAGGGAGUACCCACGCCUCUCAUUACCUGGGAAAAGGACAACGAGGCUGCUCCUGAGGACACGAGGUGACACUUCAAUUGGUUUCUGUUCUUUUUUCAUUUUUUUAACACUACGGUAUAUAGAUACAGAGGUGAUUUGAUCUAAGGGAAAACUUUGGGACUUUGUACAUUAUAGAUGUCCUUUAGUGGUCAUUUAAAUAAUGGCAUCAAGUCAUUUAAAAGUCAGGAGGUUUUAUUAAGAGAAGUAGAAGUGCUGCUGGUUCUUGUUUCUGUUAUGGAUGUGUUUCCCUUCCGAGGAAAGGGAUUGUUGCGCAGGUUGAAAAAAAGAAACUUCAGUGAAAAAAUGAAAUCUGCAACUUCCUCUCAAAGAUCAGUCUAAGGCACACUGUAGUGAUAGUAUAUAUGUGAAAUGCCUUUAUUGUACAUGGCACAUAUCAUAACAAGGCUGACAAGUUGUAACCUACUCAAGUCUUCAUUAGGGUUGUUGUCAGUGGGGACUUGCUCACCUGUAUUGAGUUCCACUAAUCAUUCGUCAUCAAGUAAAGGCAUUAAAAUUAUACACCAUCACAACAGUGUGCUGUUUUUUGAAAGAAAAUUGCUCAUUUCAUUUUUUUCACUUAUGCUUUUUAUCCCCAUGCAACAAUCCAUUCCCCAGAAGCAACAGAUGUCAUGAUAAGUUUUUUAGAGCAAGGACUCUAAGUUUAAUUUCCUACUACCUGUAGUUUAAUAAGGUAAAUGAAUCAUUUGGACCACGGGUUGUGUCACUAUGUGGUGGAAAAAAAAUGAUGAGAGCCACAAAUUGACUUUGAGGAUUUACCUCCAUUCAGCUUUCCUGAUGUUCUGAUCCAACUUCUAAAAAUAGAAGAGAAUCGGCAAAAUAACAGUGUUUAGCACAACAUAUAACUCUGGAUGAUGAGUGAUGCAGACUGCAGCUGUAUGUGAUCUGCCGGUAUCCUCUGAUUCUCAUAGGUCCUGAAAUACUGUUGUUGCCAAGUCCAACUUAUGAUAGCAAGUAGCUUUUUCAGUAAGUGAGCAACAGAAAAGAACAACAGUCUAUCCUUUGUUUGGUUGAGUCGUAUUUCUCCUUGUUAAACUCUGUUUCCUCAAGAUCUCUGUGUUGCUGUGGUCAAAAUCACCUAUUUUGGGUUUGGUGGUACUUUAGUCCUGCAGAUUCAUAUGGCUGACCAUUGCAUUGCAGAUGGGAGAAUAUGUCUCUCAAAAUUAAGCAAAAAGUGUACAUUUAUGCCUAUUUUAGAGUUGAUUUAUUGGUCUUUUUACUCCUUAUCAAAGGACCACUGAAUGCUGUUUGUGCAGUCGUUAGGUGUUGUUUUAAUGAAACUACAUCUUUGGUUUAAAAGAGCUGGUAAAAUCUUAUAUACUUUCAAAGAUCCUAUGCCAGGACUGACAGAAGUGGAUGAAUGCAGCAUUGACAAUUUUGUUACCCUCUGUUCAUUUGGAAAAAAAAAAUCACUUGUUGAAUGAACAAGAAACACAGACUGGGAGAAAUUAUCUUGUUUUUUUCUAGGUUCAUUUGUUGAUGUGGUUCAGUGUUUUACAUGCACAAAAUGCCGUGCAUGCCUUCUCUCAGAGUGAACACAAUAUUUUUUUUACUUCUGUUCAUCCUUCUCCUCUUUCCUUCACUCAAGGCUUCAUUGAAUGAUGAAAACAUAAUGCUAGCUCACUAGAAGACUGGCUGUUAAUCUGUUUGGAAAUGUAAGCAUUAAAGUAUUUAAGUUCGAUUUGAGAAUGAAAAACAGCAGCAGUCAUUCAUUCUUGAUCCCUUCAAAGUAUCUCAGUCGCAUCGCCAGUUGCUGUUUCAUCGGUACCUGACGUAAAUCCUCUGUCUACAAACUGAAACUGGAAAAUCAGAAAACCUUGAAGUUGUCUGGUAUAAUAAUGAAACGUCAGAUGAAUGUAUUCAUACACACAUUUCAUUCAGAUUACUGAAGUCCAUGCCAAUGGCAGAACUUUAGUCCCACAAUAACAUUGUCAUCUGUUUCUGUAAUUAUGUUCGACCUCAGAAAUACAAUUCAAGACGCACUGAAUGUAAAAACAAUCAUAAAAACAUGCAGUCACAUAACAUGUAUUUACUGUUUUAAGUCAAGUAAAUAAAGAGGAUUUCAACAAUGGUGAGAACAGCACUACUAGAACAAUAAACAAACCUCUCACAAUAACCCACCUGUGGUAUACAGAGGAAGAAAAAUACAUUUUGUUUCAUAUUCUUUACUGCCAGACCCUCUACAGGUCUCUUUCUGUCAGCUGUCUCUCUCAAAUAGUCUCAUUUACUGCACCACUUAAUGAUGUUGACAUUUCUCUGUGGCUCUGCUGGCCCUGACGCCUUGGAAUUUGUUUCCAGCCGUAUUGCACAGGACUAAGUGCUAAUGGCUGCUGAAGCCCUGCGUGACCCGCAAACAGCCCGCUGCUUAUAAGGUCUUAUUGCUGGGCUGUGGCUCUCCUAUCUCAGGCGCUGUUAAUGGCUUCUCACAAAGACACGCUGAGAGACAGCAGAUGCAUCAUCUGCUUUUUCCUCUGUCUGUUCUCUCUGCUCUAAUGUUCGUUUACCUGUCUAUUGGCCGCUCCGACAUCACUUACUUUUUGUAUUUUACACUCAUUUCCAUCUACAUUUUUGUGACUACCCAUACCUAUUUUUUCUUCAUUCAUGGCAGUCUUUUUCUUCUGCCCUCUGCUUUCUUUCUCUCCUUGGUGUCCACACAGGCUACGUCUGCUCACAUUUUAGUGGGAUUAAUAGGGUUUGAUAAAGGCGAUAGGAUGCCUUACAUUGGCUGGGCCCUGGGGUACGGGAGUAAUAUGUCCAGAACCUGACCUCCAUAGGAAAAAGGAGAGGAAGGGAUGUGUUGGAUAAAUAAGAUACAGUAAAUUUCAGCAGCAGAAAUAGAUAUGGUACCAGACAUUUUAUGAACACACUGCAGGAUAAUGUUUGCUUUCAUUGAACUUGAGAGCUCAUCAUUGUCCAAAAAACAAUAAUCUUUAUUGAAGUCACAUGACAAGUGAUUGCAACCCUUUUUGCUGUGGGUUUCCAAGCAUCUUUUCAAAAUAAAAGAGGAUUGAAUCUGUGAGGACCCAGCAGGGUCCCUGCAGAGUGGGAUCCUGCUGGAUAUUUCAUGCUGCAGGGCACGAAGGCAUUUGCUCUGUAGUUUAUUUCUCUUUCUCUCUGUCUUUGUAUCUCACUCUCUUGCCUCUCUUUUACCUUGUCCUUAACAGGUUCAUUUCCCUUCCUAACGGGGUGCUUCAGAUUCUGGAGGUGACCAAGGAGGAUGAGGGUGCUUACCGCUGUGUUGCAUCCAACUCUGCCAGAAAGGAGAUCAGUCAUGAAGCCAGGCUCACAGUCACCACAGGUGAGCUCUGUUGUUGUGCUUUAUAGUAUUUCAAUAAGCAGCCAGCUCCUGCUAGGAGCUGCCAGGCCAAUCCCAAAUAUCUAAUGGGAGUUUUAGUGGCACUUUGUCAUGGUAAAUUGUGUUUAACCCAGUUUUUGUAUUGUCUGUUGGAAAUUUCAGGAGUUUCAGAUUAGAUGAGAUGAUGAGAUAUACUUUAUUAUCCCUGAGGGGAAAGUUGUCUUUGUCAAUAUUGCAAAGUCACACCUCAGUGCUGCUAAAUUUAACAUGAAGGAAGAACACAUGAGGCUGCAACCAUGAUAUAAGCACAGAUAAAAAUGCUCAAGAUUCAGUUAGUGCCAUAAAAACACGUAAAAGGACUAGUGUGAUUUGCUAGUGUUGACAAAAACUACCCUUGGAAAAAAAAAAAGAAAUAUGACAUUGCAUUGAAAGUGUUCAUAGAAGUGGUCCUUAUGCUGGCUGUCACCUACUGUAAAAGAGAAGAGACUCAAAAGAAGGCUCUUUUUACUUUAUUUCUGGAAGUGUAUCUAGUGGGUGCUUUUCCCACAAUUUUCAGAAUGGGAGAACAUCCAGAGUGUACUGUUGUUGCAUUAUAUCUACUAGGACGGUAUUUAAAGGGCACUUUUUUCAUUUUGUAGACUGAAAGGGCAUCCAGAUGGCACUUUUCAUCUAUUAUCCUGUAGAAGACCAGCUUCGAAAGCAAUUUUUCAUGCAUUUUCAGUGGAAAGGGCACCAGAGAGGGCACUUAGUCAUGUUUUAUUUAUGUCAGGAGCGCCUCGCUAAAAAUAUAUUUUCUCACUUUGUGCGCACUACAGGUUUACUAAUAUCCAACAUAUUAUUUUUUAAGUUAGAUACUUGACAGAAUUGUCACAGAAUAAUGUGUUGUGUCAUAUGGAAACAACUUUUAAUGAGUCAGCCUCUGUUCAUGAAUCAUUCUGAACAGUGGAGAUCAACUGAAGUGACAGUAAAUCAGAGACCUUUGAAUGAAAAGCAGCUUUAAAGCUGUAUUUCAUACCCGGGCAUCAUGAUACUGUGGGUAUCUUGCAGUUGAUUAUACAUGUGGACACUCUUUUCUCUGAUUAUACUAUGGCACAGAUCCUAGAACAAGCAUGCACCUGCUGAGGGAAUAAUUAGCACUGAAUGAGGGUGUUUGUAGAUCACUUUUUUCUGUUCAUGCUAACAUUAUAAACAAAACUGAAAAUGGGGGUUGUAAUAAACGAAAUGAAACAAAAAAUAUUGCAUUUGUGGAAGCAGUCUCUUUACGUGUUAGUCAGAGCUGUCAUGGUUUAAAGAUACAAACACCCAUGAAUGUAGGAAUAAGAGAGAACAUAAAGAUCAUUUUUGUCAUUGUUUUCUUCAAGUUUAAUGGUUUGAAAAACAAGUUUGACACCGGCUAACAUUCAGCUCAAAGAGUUCACUGCAGAGGUUAAGUGGUUUGGUGCACAGCUGUUGUCUGAACAGCCUGACAAACAAGUCAUUGAAGCCACCCUGCUCCUUGCUCUUAUAAUUAAAAUUAAACAUAACUAGAAAAGCACUCGGAGAGCGCAGACCUCCGCCAAGCAGCUCAUGUCCCCCCUUAUAUUGUGAUUCACACCAAAACUUUUACUGUUACGUGUCUUUUAUUAACUUUUAUUUGUGUUUAAACUGGUAUGUUCACUGUUCAUAAUGUUCCUAAAACAAAAAAGCUCAUAUUAGAUACAUAAAUGCAUGAUUUAUUAUGCAAUAUUUGUAAGCGUACACUUCCUUGUAUCUUCAUUGGUUAUCUUUCAGCAUUGAAAAUUCCAACGACACCCUUAUUUUUGUGUGUUCUUGAUCACAGUAUCCAGAAUUUUGUCUGGAUCAGGAUCAACCUUUGACAUCUCGUAAAACUCAUUGAGAUCCUUUUGUGUAAUUUUUACUAAAGACUCUGGCCAUUUUUAUAGAGUUAAAUGCAAAAAUUCCAAAAUUUGUCCUAUCUCACAAUGAUAAAGAAUCCUUCAAAAAAUUCCUGGAUCCAGAAGGCGAUCUGGAUCACCACCAAGAUGUAAUGGGAUCCUCCUGGGGCUGAGACGCACCUCGGGUGAAAAUUUCAGGUCAAUCCGAUUGUAACUUUCUCUGUAAAGUUGCUAACAGACAAACAAACAAACCAAUGCUACCGAAAACAUAACCUCCUUGGCGGAGGUAACAAAACUUUACACAACGUUAUCAGAAGAUCAUCAGAAUCUUCUCUUAACUCGUGUUGAAAACUAUCUCAACUAAAUGUGCCAGUGAACUUGGUGCGGUAUUAAUACAUCCAUCAGCCUCCUAUUCAAAGCAUUUGUGUUAUGAAAGCACUUGCAGUUUGUAUUGUGUAUAUCAAAUGCUCAACAUUUACCUCGCCUGUCCUUCAGUACACUUCAACACAUACUGGUAUGAAGAUAUUUUUUAUCCUUUAAGUGUUGACAGACAGUUUUGUCCCUUUCUAUAAGUAAUGUCAUCGAGUUUAAACUUUUCAUUCAGCUUUCUGUGGACAUCUGGAGCUGUCUGUUUACCUGCUCACAGAAGCAUUUUUGUUCACUGUUUUUGUGACAAGGUAAAAGCCUGACUCAUGCUGGUAACUGGAGAAAAACAUCCAAACGUUAUUAAUUUGGAGUGACUUCAAUGUUUGCGUACAAUUACAGUCAAAGUCAGUAAUGCUCACUUUGGGCCAAAUGUAUCAAGGAUGUCUGUUUCACUUUUGUAAUCUUGAUAAAGUUUGAAUGUGCCUUGGACUUCAGUCCUUCAAAAGUCAUAUACAUCAAUUUAAAGUAAUGUGGCAACAAAGUAAAAGCAUUACAUCAUUGUGAUUGUGCGUCAUUCAAUGAGACUCAAGGCCAGCAUGUGACUGGCAUGAGUAAUGCUUUCAAAAGAAUAAAGAGAUAUAUUCAGUGUUUGGCCAUUGUGUCAUCAGCCAAGUUGACUUCAACCCAUGGACAUGAUUAGCAGACUAGUGGUGCCGUGGAUCAGUCAACAAGACAGUUUGGUGAGAUCUCACCAUAAUGCAGCCAACAUUAAAGCCGUGUUAUUUUCUCUGCCUGUGUUAAAGGCGAGCUGGAGAUCAGUCAGCUGUAAUUGGCUCCUCUGUGGAAACUAUUGUGUCCUUUUUUGAAGCAUAGCCUUUGUGUCCUGAAAAAAGAAAAGUUACAGAGAAAGAGGGAGAAAGAGUCAGGCACAAAAAGUCCUCGUGAAUCAGAUAAAGUGCGAUGACUUUGAAAAGUUUUCAAAGAAUUCUAACAGCCGUGUUUCAACUUCUCUUUUCUCUGUUUCAUUUCAGUUAUCCCAAAGUUAAGUCUGAAUGUGAUUACUCCAAUGAUUUUUUGUUUAGACUGUAUCAUCGUGUCAUGACAAAAUAUCUCACAAAGGGGAGAGUAUCUCCUUUUAUUUUUGCGCCCCACUGUUUAAAAACAGGGGUCAUUUUGGAGAUGACUCGCUGGAAUAUAAAGAGUGUACUUCAGCAGAUUUUCCCACCAUGAAACAACAGGAAGGUUGAUGGUUCUGGGCUAUUCCGAGUAAGUGGUCUUGUGGCUGUUGUGACACCCAUAGAGAAAAGUACUUGAGGUGCUAUUGAGCGCCAUUACGCGUAACAGAUGUCAGGUCUAAUGCCAUCACAACUCUUCUUGCACUCCUGACUCCUAUGAUAAGAUUACUCCAACACUCAAGUCCAAGCUUUGACAGUUUGAUGUUGAGGUCGUGGAGUUUGUGCACUUAACUUGAGAGGAUGACGGAAAAAAAAGAAACUUUUAAUGCUCCAAUUCCUGGCUUCUCUUCUUCUACAUGCUUCAUACCUACAUAAGACCCUUUUGAAGACACACCCUGCAGUCCAGCCCUUGCAAAGGCAAACUGACCCACUUAAAGCCUUAUGCGUAACCAAGGGCUGCUGUAUGUAAUCUCAAUGAUUAAUUUAUAAUAUGUUUACAGAAUGCCGGGCCUCUCUCUGUAGGUCAUUAGCAUUGUGUGCCGCUGAGGCUGCCUGAGCUGAGCAAAACUGUGGUGAAGCAGGGCAGUCUUUCACCUUAGGGACUGGUACAUGCAGCUCAAGAAAAAGUGCUUGGUACCUUCAUCCCACAAACAAUUUGCUUUGAUAAACAUCCUCGGGCACUGAGAGGGAAAGAUUGGCCUCUCCUCCUAACAGCCUCAAUGGUUACCAUUCUUCAUGUCUCUUUUUUUCGCUGUCAACCAACAUCCUGUCCGUCAGAACUUGGCAUACAGGACAUCACAAGUUUUCCCAGGACUUUUUAAUGCUGUCAGUCCCCAAAAGCUUGAACAGCUUUGGGGUUUUGCACCCUUAGCCUUGAAUUAAUUGCAGAAUGACUUCAAAUCUUGGAGCUGGGGUCAUUAGAUUUUUUUAAAUCUGAAAUAAAAAUAUUUGAAGCAGGUUCUCUAGAGUGUCUUGUUUAGCGGGCACAUCUGACUCUUCAAAAGUCUCUAUUAUUUAUUGCCAAUUUUAGUGCUUGUAAAUGUGUGUCUGAAACUUUGUGUGUUUGCUGUUGUCAUGGCCAGGUCUCCUUAGAAGAAGGUAUUUUUAAUGUCAUUGGGACGACUAACCUGAUAAAAUUAAGAUUAAAGUAAAAACUAAAUCAAUAAAUAAGGUUGUUUAAAGGACAUGCAGCAGCUUUCAGCCACUGGUCUUUCAAUGAGGAAAAGCCUUUAUGAAAAUUUAGUGAGAUAAACGAUGCUAAUGUAUCAGUACUGGGCUGCAAGGCUGACCACCUUCUUUUCAUGAACUUUAAAAGUGAUAAUUCAUCAUUAUUGUUUUAAAGGCAUGACUCAAGAGGGCCUUAGAGUUCUGCUUUCCUCCUGCUGUGGUGUUGACACGCUGGGGUUUGUGUCCAAUGAAUCGUAGGAGAAACUAGGAAGAGGUGGUAUAGCAGUGCAGGCUAAUCAGGAUCUGUUGUUUAAACCAUUUUUUCUUCUCAAAUGAACGUUAUAUUUGAUUGAUAUAUUUUUUAACCUCAUCCUCUUGUAAUGAAGUACUUCAGUUGCUAAAACCACCAUAGAUGUGGGCAGUGAUUCAGAGAGGCAACUUACCAAAUUCAAUCACAACCUUUCACUGUGUCCCAUGAAACCAAAUUUACUGCUGCUUGUUUGUUUCAGGCUCAUCUGAAGCCCUGAACAGAGUUAUGAUUGUUGCACCCCCCCAGAAUGCAACAGUCGUGCUCGGCCGCCCUGCCGUGAUGGAGUGCAUGGCACAAGGCCAGCCCAAACCCAUGGUGUCCUGGAGCAGACAAGGUAAUAUCUGAAUAUUUUCUGUUCUUUGAAGCUACGUCUGAUAUCAUUAUCUGUCUGAUUCCUGCCGCGAAAAUACCUAUUUGGCACACUCAGAACAAACAACAAUGCACCAGGGUCGUAUAUCACUCUUCUCUGUUGUUCCAUUGUGUUCUCAGCCGUGCUUUACUUUAGAUAAAUUGUCUGAUUAACUUCAUUACUCUCGCAGUUUUGAUGCACACACACAAAGGUAGUCUGGGUGGGUGUGGACCUUUCAGAUUGCCGAAAGUUUGCAUUUGUGAUUUCCUCCUGAUUCACUUCAGUUGUUGUUCUUGACAGGGAAUUUGGUUGGAAAUUUAUAACAUUGUGUUGCUUUUCUUAAAAUGUCUUCCAUCACUCAGAACACAGACAAUGCAAAGUGGAUGGUGGUGCUCAGUGACAAAACUUUGUCACCAAGAAAUGUAAGAUAUUCUCAGAAGCCGGUGACUUUUUUCUUCAAAAUGGCCGACAAACUAAGUAAUGGUCUAUACAGUAAAUAGAGAUUGAUUUUACACAAAGCCUGGCAGUAUGCCAUUGCAGAAAAAACACAGUCAACCCCUGACCAAAAAGUCAGAGAGCCACCUGUUGGUCAACUUGAGGAAUUACAGACCAGAUCUUCAAGUGCUUUCUUCUUGUUUGUCUGUUUCUCAGGCAACAAAGUUUCAGAAAUUAUCUCCACUUUUCCCAAGGCCAGUCUCCUUUUUUCUUGUCAUCUCUGAGGUUUGACUGAAGCUGUCAUGAUUUUCUUUGUUGCUUUUUGCUCUGAACAGAUGGAAAGCCCAUUUCCACUGAUGUUGUUGUCCUUGCAACAAACCUGGUGAUUAGAGACACAAGGCGUCACCAUGCUGGUGUUUAUGUCUGCCGCGCCAACAAGCCCAAGACCAGAGAGUUUGUCAUCGCUGCUGCAGAGCUUCAUGUGCCUGGUAAGGGUUACAUUGUGGACUUAAUAUAACAAUAGCCCUUUAGAGAGCUAUUUCAUUGGAACUAUAGUGUGACACAAGUUUUCCCCAUAAGCAUUAAGGGUCUGAUUGGUUUGUAAUGUAACAUGUAGAGCAAUGUUGAUUGAGUGAUUUCUUUUUGCUUAAAAGAGUGAAAAACUUAAACCAAAUUAAUCAAUAACCUCCCAAAUUGAAUUUUUGUGUUUUCUGACAUCUUUUUACCAUUUUUUAAAAAUUGGUUUAACCUCUAGUUAUUAUGUAUUUAUAGUUUAUUUAUUAAGGACAGAUACAAUAUAUAGAGACAGAGUGGGCUCAGCCAUCAGGUAAAAAUAUCACAGUGUUUAUAGAGUAUUUAUAUUUACAACACUGAUAUAGAUUCAGAAAUAAGCACCAGUCUGUUGCUAGAUUUACCAGGAUUUAAUUGCUGUCUUUAUAUUUGCAGCAAGUCUCAAAUAAUCAGGGACUUAUAAACAGGAUUUUGCUCCUUUCACAGAGAAACCUGAGGAUAUGAUAUUUUACUUGAUGAAACUUCACCGUCACCACUUGCAGCUGCACUCGCAGAUCUGCUGCAGCUCUGUGGUUAAUUAAUUUAAACAUGUGAACACAAACUUUGCAUAAUGGUUACUGUCUGGCUUUCCCGGGACCAGGCUGGUAAAGUAUAAGACAGAUGUGACAUUAUCACAUGAUUUAAAUCGAGGAAGGCACAGCUGAGCGUUUAAUAGUUUCUGAUCAUCAUAAAACAGCAAAGAUUAGACUUCAUUGUUUGCUUCAUCUUUUCAACACGACAUUUAAAUUCUGUGGCUCUAAAAUGAUCCCCUCAUACUUCUGUUACCGCUGCUCAAUAAGUUCACCUUCAAUUCUGACAUUCAGCUUUUCUGUAGCAGGUAACUUUUUGAUGGAAAAGCAGACUGACUAAGUUUUUAUGAUGUUUCUAAUUGCUAAAAGACAAAGUGGUGACAAAACAAAACAACACAAAACAUGCAGGGAAAAGCUUGAAGUUAGGGUUUCUUAGUUUUUACAGUGUUGAUUUUGAACCUUCCUUUGUAAACCUGUCUCAAUUUUGUUGAAAGUGCAGCUCUAAAUGUGUGUCUUUAUUUUUGUACAACAUACAUUUCAGUGUCCUGUUUAAGUCAGUAUUUGUUUCCUAUCUUCAACAGCUCCUCCAGUGAUUCUUCAGCCUCCAGAGACAGCGUCCCUCUCGCGGGGGAACACAGCUAGGUUUGUGUGCAACAGCUCUGGGGAGCCUCCUCCUGUCCUCCACUGGUUAAAGGACGGCCAGCCCAUCAAGCCCUUUAGAAGAGUGAAGAGCCAAAGCCCUGGAGUUCUGCUCAUCAACCAGCUGGCACUGGAGGACGCGGGUUACUACCAGUGCAUUGCAGACAAUGGACUGGGCACGGCCUGUGCCACCGCUAAGCUCACGGUGAUUGUGAGGGAGGGUCUUCCCAGCCCUCCUCAGCACCUGACAGCCACGCCCUUCUCCAGCACCACUGCCCUGGUCACCUGGGAGAAACCAGAGUACAACUCGGACCAAAUUAUCGGCUACUCUGUGCACUGCCAACUUGCCACAGGUGUGUCUAUUCAUGAGUAUGUGCCUCUAGGCGUUCAAUACGUUAAGACAUCCUUAUGAAAAUCCUUUGGUUUGAUUGUUUUCCUCUCUUUAAGGUUCAGAUAACGUGGAGUACCAGUUUGCUAUGAACAACGACACCACAGAGUAUCACGUCAAAGAGCUUCUUCCCCACACUGCCUACACUUUCUUUGUUGUGGCUUACUCUCCCAUGGGAGCCAGCCGCCCAUCCCUGCCUGUCACUGUGGAGAUGCUGGAGGACGGUAAGUACCCGCAGUGAAACACAGGUAAAGUAAGGCCACGCUGGUAAAAUAAGGCAACAUGGGUAAAAUACAGCCAGCCUUGGUUGCUUCACUGACUCACAUUGCGAUUAUUAUUGGUUUGCCAACCUUGUAAGUCCUCAAGAAUUUUAAGAGCAUUGAAUCAUCACUAUCAGCUCUUUAUAAAGCACAGGCUUUUGUGGGUAUUUAAAAAGUAGUAGUUGUAGCUUCCUAGGAGCAACUGGAAGCAUUUACUCCAAAAAUGUAUAAAAAAAAUGUAUAUAUAUAAAAAAAUAUAUAUAUAUAUAUAUUUACAGUAUAUAUAAUAGGCAUCGGUCAGUUCUUUAGGACACUGAUUUUCUGUACCCUAUUUUAGAUUUACUAAGCAUAGACUUCUAAUUGAUCAUCUAUGCUUUACAACAGACUAGUAACUGCAGCUUUACAAGGUUUGCCUUGUAUGCGCAUCAUCUGACACUUCAUUAUGUCUUUUAUUCCCUCCUGCAGUGCCAAGCGCACCUCCACAGCUGUCUAUAGCCAGCACCUCCCCAACAGACAUCAGACUCAUGUGGCACCCACUGUCCCCGCAGCACAGUCGAGGCGCUGUCACCCGCUACCGCAUCGAGUACAGCACUCUGGAUAGGGGUGAGUAACCUCUGCUGGUCAUCAAGUUCACCUUCAGUGCCAGUAACAGACACUCAAGAUAUUCAGAAAAUUUGUACCAAGAAAAUGGUCAUUAAAAAACUUCGAGUUGAAUUAUGAAAUAUGAAGUUUCUGUUCCUGGAAAUUGUUAAGAGAAUACUGUGAAUUUAUCUAAGAAAGGUAGAGAAGUAUUGUUUAUUCUGAAUACUGCGCUUCCUGCAGGGAGAGUGAGUUCACAUUGUCCUCAUAUUAGACCUUGACAGACAGUAAAAUAGAAAAUUUAAUACAAGAAAUACAGUAAGCACAGAAUGUAUUGUCUUUGUUACACAAUUAUUUUAUGUUAAACUUUUGGUUUCACAAAAAAGUAAACCUGCAUUAAUUCCACAUAAAACAUUACCAGCUCUGAAAUACAUACAUGUAUGUCAUUACGUAAGUACAACCCAUGAAAAAUGUCAACUUUCCACUUCAUGUAGGCUUGUAGUCAUAUUUUUACUGUGCCUUAAGGUGUUAAUUUUUUUCACACUGCAAUGCAUGAUGGGAUAUACUGCUGGACAAGUGAUCAUUGUUUAUACACUGCCUUUUUACAAUGGAACAAUGUGCUGACUAUGUAUAGUGUAAAAACAGGAACAGCACCACAACAUGCUGUACUAGUUUCAAUAGGUGUUGACUGUGUUCUUCCACUGCAACAAGCAUUUCAAACCAUUACAAACAGGAGUUGUGUGGCCUAAUCACAUUUACCACAAGAAUUGAGGUACUUAGGAAUCAUCUUAUGAAAAUUAUAAUUAUUUGAUAUCAGAAUUCAGUCAUCAUGGUUUACUCAAAGUUAUUUGAGGGUGUAGUAUCAUCUUGUCUACAUAAAAUGAGGAUUUGAAAUCAUCAGGAGCACAGAUAUAUGUCUAAAGGUCUGAAAUAUUCUGCCCCUCUCACUUCACUAUAAAAGAAAGAAAAUUUCAUACAGCUACCAAGACAAGUUCCCAACAACACCAAGGUGUUAUUACAAGUUGUGCAGGUAUCUCGUAUAACAACUGGUGUCAAAGUGUGAGCUUCUGCAGUCAGAAAAAAAAGCUCUCAUUUGACCUGUAUUUGAGGUAUGCCAAAAGGGAGCCCAUGCUGUCUAUAAACAAGAUUAGGACAAGACUUUAUUUUGCCAAAAAAUACCUGCGCCCAGGCCAAGAACUUCUGAACAGUGAACUCUGGACAGAUAAGGUAAAGAAGAGGUUUUUGGCAGCAGAUACAAAAGAUUUGUUUUGUGGAAAGUGUAGUGUUUUACGAGGAGGACCUUGUGUGAGUCAUAAAUCACAGCAGCGGAAAUGUCAUGUUGGAAGAAAGUUGUUUUUCUAGAACAACUUUCAGCAAGAAGGUUUGGCAUUAUGUCCUGUAUCAUCUAGGGCUUAAGGGAAAAUGUGAGACCACUGACCUUCAAAAUGAACUCUGAAUUUAUAAGUGUAUCUCUUAAAAGGAUCCUUUUCAUUAACAUAAAUCUACAAAAGAUUUGUUUACAAAAUGAAGUUCAUGGUUGGUGAACAGCCUCAUCAAAGACCUGUUUUGAAUUCAAUCAAAUGUUUCAAAAUUCAAAAAUAUUUCUUCGUUGGAGUAUAGAGGGAUGUUAAAACAAAGAUGAAAUUGGAGGAACAGAGACAGAAACAAAACUCCUCAAAAGAUUUCAGGCAACACAAGCUUUUAGGCUACAGGAACACAUUAUGUGAAAAAAAUGUUAUUUUUUACAGUAAUUUCUUCCUUAUGCAUAAACUUGAGGAACUUGAGCAUUUUAUGCAUAAACUAGCCUUAAAAAAGACAGAAUUCUCAAUUUGCUUAAAGAAUCUCAAGAUGCUUUACAAAAAGAAACAGAUGUGGACUAUACUUCUUGUUAAUAUUAUGUACAAAUAUUUAACAUCGGGAUAAGAUAAGGUUCAAUAUCAGUCUAUCAUAGUAUUCAGUCUCAUCCCAUUUUUUCCCAUUAGAGUAGAGCAGAAAGUAAAAUCUUCCUUUAACAGGCAGAAACCUCGAGCAGAACCAGACUCAUGUUGAACAGCCAUCUGCCGAGACACUUUUGGGCUUGAAGAGAGGGACAGGGGGAGAUGCAGAAAAAAGAGACAAACAACAACUACAACAGAAACAUCAUCUCAUACAGACUAUUGGUUAAAAUCCCAAUUAUUAUGUUCAAAGUGUUUGCACUAUUCCCAGAAAUUGUAAAUUAAAAAAUAACAGAUUGAUCUUGAUAUGUAUCAUAAUUAUGACCAAAAUAUCUAUUACUUACAUAAUACUGAUGAUGAUGGGGUAUGAAUAUAAAAACUGGCUAAAGCAGCUGAAGUUCAGACAUUCUAAAAGCAACAUUAACUCCAUAACAGAAAUAACUUUGGUGAGACUGAUAUUAAGUGUACCGAUGACUGAGUGUACUUUGAAUAUAUGUGUGUGUGUGUGCGUGCGUGCGUGCGUGCGUGUGUGUUUCCCACAGCAGACACAGUGUUCUCAGUUGAAGUGGGGGGUAAUGAGACUCAGUUCACACUCCGAGAGCUGCAGCCAAACCAGGCUUACAGACUGAGGAUCACAGCUGGGACAGUUGUCGGCUUUGGAGUUCCCUCUGAGUGGGCUGUUCACCAAACACUGGCUCACUACAAUCACAGCAACCAAAGCAUGGGUAAGGAGAACACCAAUAUUAUUGAAUUUAGUAUUGAAUGUCCUGUUAUAAAACUUUGAAACACUUGUUCAUAUUUGCUUAUAAGGACCAACAUGUUGUGGAUAUGUUACAUGAAGAUUAAGACAGUUCAAUGAAGAGGGAUGGACAAAAUAACAUCUAACAACAAAAUAAAGGAGCCUGGAUAAAUACAACUGAUUUUAUGAAGAGGACUGGCACGAAGUUAAACUUUUGUUCAUACUCAUUCACUUUGUUGACUGAUAAUAAUGUGCAAAGUUAUUGCAUUACAGCCUCCUUGUUUAGACAGUGUUUCCAAAUAUUUCAGAUUUCAUGCCUCUUUUUCUAGUACAGGCAUUUGUACUCUGUAUUUUUAAGUGGCUUUGCUUCUUUAUUAGUUUUGAAACUAAAGUCCUAUUUUGGGCUGUAGGUCUUGACCUUUUCCACAAGCAACCAGUCAAAACAAAGCAUGUUUAAGCCCCCUGGUUUGUGUUAGCGUUAAUGUUAUCAUGUGGAGUUGUUAAACUUGUUCCCUCUCUCCUUCAUUCUGUUUCAGUGAUCUUUGCCCCCACUGAGCUGAAAGUCAGAGCCAGAGUGAACACACUGAAUGUGACCUGGCAUCCCUCACCCAAUCACACGCUGGUGUCUGGGUACAAGCUGUCUUGUCGAGAGUUGGAGGCUGAAGAUUCAACCAAUGGAGAGAGGACAACGCAGACCCACACCAUCAGGCUCAGAAAAAAGGCCAAAUAUCAUCUCCUCACUGGGCUGGGUGAGUUUGUGACCGAGGUCUCUUCAAAUAACGUGCUUUUAGUUGUACUGUGCUUUGCUUCUCCAAAACCUGCAAUUUCCUGUGAGUGGAACUUAAUGUUCAUUUUUAUAACCUUCGACACAUAUUAUUUUACACUAUGCCCACUUUAAAUAGAAAAGCCAUGCUUUUAUACUGUUUUUUUAAAAGGCUGAUCAAGGAGAAGCUGCAAAUUGUGUCCUUGCAAGACUGAGUGUUACAUUUUAUUCAAAGAGUGCUUUUAAAAAGUAAGACGCAGAAAGUGAUGGACCACACUCACAGGAAUAUGAAUUAUUUCUCAGCCAAUCAUUUAGAGGUUUGUGUCAAGAGUUAAAAUAUCUGCAGGCAGGCGGUAGAGCAGCUGCCAUUUGUGGUUUUAAGGAUUCAGAUUAAACACUCAUGGAAAUAGACUGGCACUACUAAAACUAUAAUUUCAUCUUUUGUGAGAUACUGCCUUUCAGAAUGGCAAGAUUUGUUAACAGUAUAUGUUAACAGUAACAGUAUACAUGGCUGUAUGUAUGUCUACUCUUUCCCUCUCUCUCCCUCUCUCAUGUGUAUGUCAGUGCCUGACCGUCAGUAUGAGGUGAAGGUGUGGGCAUUCAACAAGCAGAUAGAGGGAGCAGCUGCUGUGUGGAAGGGAAGGACAGAAAAGGCCCCAGGACGUAAGAUUCAUCUCUUCCUCGUGUGGAUCUACACAUAAAUAAACAAAUGAACGAGUCACAUCUGCUCCACUGAUAUUUUUGUCAUUUUCAAAACAAAUAAACGUUGAUAAUUGUGUUAACAUUUGCCCAUGUCAAAUGUGUGUGUUAAAGCUUCAGCGCCGCCCAUGCGCCCCCCUCCACUGCCCCCUAGCAGCAUCAAAGCCAUGGCCAACAGCUCCACCUCCAUUUGGCUGCGCUGGGAGAAGCCUCGGUUUAGCAAUGUACGCAUCAUCAACUACACAGUGCGCUGCAGCCCGGCAGGGACCACCAACGCCUCCCUGGUCUCCUACCACACCAGGUCAGAAAAAGAGACGUCUGAGUCAUAUUUGAAAAGUUAAAGAGGAUCACUGUGGUUCAUGAUUAACAUUUAAACAAUACUGCCUCUGGUGUGUUUAGAUUUAUAUCAGUGUGUGUUCUGCAAAAGCCCAAUUAUCUGAAGUAGUAUGAGAUAAUCAAGCAAGCAGCCUUCGGUUAUUAAGCUCCUGUCAUACAGAUCCAAACGCAAUUCAAAGUGCUUUACAAAGCAAUUAAAAAGGCAAAAAUUUCAAAAUAGGAUAUCGAUGAAUGCGCUUUGUGUACCGAAAGCAAUAUGAUUUUCGUCGUUCAAAGAAUAAAAGUUAACACGCUAAAAAUAAAUGAAAGUUAGUGCAAGGAGCUGCAAACCCUUCCAGAGCAACCUGAUAACAGGGGCCUCCACUGGGUGCUGACAUGUGGCUGCCCUAGGGAAGGUUCCCUGAAGAUACCCACCCCUGUCUUUGUUGUGAGACCACCAAUCUGAGAUAAGAAUAACAACACUUUUCCACUGGCUAUACCUCCACCUCCUUAGAGCAGCUCAUUUAAGGUAGUUUAAUGGCUUUGCUCAAUCAACUCGCCCCUAUCAAGGAUCUCUGGAGACUCAGGCGGUACUGAAAGAGCCAACCCAAAGGCUGAACAAAGCUGUGGUAAUAGUAGCACAAAAGCCUGUUAGAGGUCCUAAGAGCCUCCUCUUAACUUUGAACAAUUAGUUCAGCCUAGUGGACUGCCUGUCUAAGGUUUAGGGAGCAAAUGUAAUGGCUGCAUAAACUUUAAGUUCCGCCACAAAGCAAUGGGCAGUCUUUUAGGCUUUUUGACCUUUCUUCUUCACUUCUGUCUUUAAAAGUUUAUAUCCACACACUAAACCAACAAUUUAUCAUCAAUAGGAAGUACCAAAAUUGUGCCCAGCACUUGUUGCACUCAGGUAUUGUGAAAAUGAACUAGCUUUAGCUGUUAUUACCGACAGUAAAAUGAAGAACUCCACUGAAGGUGAGGUGAAACGUGAUGAGUAAGACAGCAAGAAUUAGUGUCACAUCUGACUGAGUUUUUCUGACUUACCUCUGUAUGAGUCAGAGACAUUUUCAACUCCUUAUUUCAAACCUCAAAUUACCUGAAGGUAGCAGCUGUCUGUCCCUUGUCGUAAUGGUGAGCUGUCCUUAAACAACAGGAACAUUGCAACUAAAUCUUGAAAUAGAGUGAAACUGAAUCUGCUUGUUUGCACAGUUCUUAGUCAUGGUGUAACAAGUAAAUAUGCAAAAGUAGCUGACCAAUGUUGUUUUGAUACCGAUGCAGUUAGCUGAUAGUUUAUAUAGAAUAUAACCCUUAGUGAAAAUAUAAGUCAAUAUUCCAUAUUCAUUACAGUCCAAUAUGCAUGGUUAUUUUGACCAGAAACAUGUUUCAAAUGGCUUUUGACUUGAUUCAUUCGAAACAGAAAUACAUCAAGAGGACACAAGUAUUGCUCAUUAUACUUACAAGGCAGUCUGCAGUGUUUGCAGACAUUAAUUGUUCAUCAACCUAACGAGCCCAGGUAUAAGCUAAUGCUGAUUACUCGAAACUGCCGUUAAAUAUCUCAAUUAGUUGAUCCAAUCCAUUUAUCAGUCUGUCAUUAAUCUAAAACAGAUAACUUAAGCAUGUGCAUUAUUGGGCUUUGUUAAGAGCUGUAUAAACUGCAUGCAUUGGAAAGUUGAUGACAGCAAGGAAGAGCAAAGGUGUUCAGAGGUAACAACGUUGAAUGAUUAUGUUUUUCAAAAUCUGAGUCAUGCUUUUCUUUGCACAGCAGAAUGUAAGACACACAACACACACAGCACACACACACACACAAAGAGCUCUUUCUGGUUUGUGUGUUGCAGCUCUGCUCAGGAGAUACUGCUCGGGGCUCUGAAGCCCUUCACCCGCUAUGAGCUGGCGGUGCAGUCUAAUGGAGUGGAUGUGGUGGGACCCUUCAGCGGCACAGUGGAGGAGUCUACUCUGUCUGACCGUGAGUCUCUUACCAGUGCAGUCAGUUUGUCCUGUUUUAGUUUACAGACCCAGGAAAAAAGUUCUGAAAGAUUACUGCAGUGAUUUUUUGGCCUUGUAAAUAACCACACUAGAUAAUGAAUUGAUUUAUUUUUGUUGAAUUAUUUAUUAUUUUGUAAAGAGUUUUAUUGUUAAGGCAAUUUUUGCUGUCCCUUGUGUCUGCACUCUGACACCUGAUUCUGGUGAAUGUCAUUUACUCCACAGCUUUUGCUUUGUCCUUAAUCAGUCACAUAACCUGAAAAGGUUUAGAGGGGACAAUAAUGUGCUAAAAAACCUAGAAAGGUGAAGUAAUGCUAAUUAGCUGCAUGUGUGUUUAUUUGAAUGGUGAUAUUUUUCAGGGAGAGGAAGUCAAGGAUGCAGGGUGUUUUACAUCUUUAGUUUUUUACACUUUAACUGGUUGAAAGAAAAGGGUUUGGGAUGAAAAUGAGAUGGAUUUUAAGGGCAGAAUAGUUCACAUAAAAUAAAGGUAUUAGGAGCAUAAAAGUGAAACCCCUAAAGACUUCUUUUAGAAUUAAAAUAGAUUAAAUACCCACACUUAUUCAUGCUGUUCCCGACUCCCAUGCUGUGAACAUUUUUGUCUGAUUAGCUGUGGAUUAGGACUGACUUAAUUCAGUAUUUAAAUCUUCAUUUACUUUAUAAAGGUGUAAAACUUUGGCUCGCUGAUGCAAUGAUAUACACAUUUGAGUAAAAGUGGCUGUGUGUUCACUGAUCAGUGUGUUGGCUGGCCUGUAGCCAGUGGACAUGGGAAUAAGUGGUUGGCAUUGAUGGCUGAUAACUGGCUGUAAUGAAAUACCCAGGUGUAGUAUCGGCUCUUAUGUUGGCCAGCAGCUCUGUCACUCAGCCAAGUGAGGGUGCUGAGUGCAGAAUGGGCUGCUUUUAAUGACAUUAUUACCACCAGUCACCCUUUCACGCUCGCUACUGCCAUGUAUCAUCACUUGAGCCCCAGCCCAUUCCCCCCAUUGCCCUGCCUGUCUCCUCUCUGCUGUACCCAAGUGGCCCAGACAUGAGGGCGCAGAUGGUUGUCACACAACAUGUCAAAUCCCCCACCAAGGCACUAUACAUGCUGCAGCUGUGGCGCCUCAUUGCUGGGCUCUAAUUACUGACCGAGUUGUCCUCUCUCCUUCAGGGCCCUCAACACCUCCAGAGGAGCUGCAGCUGAGUGCUCUGGAUUCCUCCUCUGUGCUGGUGAGCUGGCGCCCUCCACUGGAGCCGAACGGUAUCAUCGUCAGCUAUGAAAUCUUGUACAGUGGCAACUUGAGCCAGCCAGAGCACAUGUGGGAAAACCUCUCUCAGGAUGGUCAGUAUGACUCAUCAUUACUGCUCAAAAUGAAAACAAACACUCUCUUUUUCAUCAUGUUUUACAUAAAGAUUCAAGUGUAUUGGUUUGAAAAGACCGUUUUUGACUGUAUAUUUUUUGUUUAUUUUUUUUUUAGGGACAAUGACCCGUGUAGAGGUCCAGGGUUUGUCCAGUGACACCAGAUACUUUUUCAAGUUGGGAGCUUCUACUGAGGUGGGGCCAGGGCCCUAUUCUCCAAUAAAGGAUGUUCACAUCCCCCACCAGCAAUAUGGUAUGUCUUAUUCUGCAUGUUAAUGUGAUUUUAGUUAACAGUUAUCACGGUUCAGUAAAUUUGCUGAAUGGGUAGUGUUAGAAAAUGCUACAGUGAAUAUAUAAAUCUCAUUUUGCCAUCUUCAAGCUGCUGUGAGGAGUUUCUAACUAGUUAUGAAACAUAACAAAACUAAUACAGAUGUCAUUGUUAAGCUGAAAGAGGCUCAGCAGAACAUCACUGACAACUGCUGCUAUUUUUCUCAGUAGUUAUUUUGAUGCCUGCAGCUGCUGCGAUCAGGUUGAUUUCAGAUGAGACAGUGAGGCAAACUUUUAUCAUUAGUGUAUUUAUUCAGCACAGUUAUAAUAAUACUUUUUCUACAUCAAGACGAAUACUAAGAUGUGUUAAACUAACAGUUAACAAUAUAACUAUGACUACAACAACUUGACUAAAAGCAGCAUGAGUAUAACUAUAACAACUAAUGCAGUUAAACUGGAGGUAAUUAAGAUAAACCUAAACACAGACAUUUUAGUAUAAAAUGAAUAUAAUUACAUAAGGGCAGAAAGUGUUUUUUUUUUUUUUUUCAGGCAUCUUUUGUAACAUCUUACAGAGAAACCGUUUAGUGUCAGGUAUGAAUAAAGGUUCGAGAGUUUGAACCCUGCAGGUAAGACAGUUAAAAGGAUGAAAGAAAAGGUUUGACAGGUUUACUAAAAAUAUAUGUGUCAAGUUGAUUUAAUUCAAGUCUUGAAGUGCUCUGGGGUGCUCGCUCCUCAUGGUAUUUUAUCCAUAAAAAGACACAUUUGAUGUUAUAAACAUUGAAAAUCUGGAGUCUCUGGAUCAAAAGAGCAUGAGAUGUGUUUCUGAUCGUGUUGCCAUCCUAGCAAAAGAAAGCAGAAUUUCAUGAGAGUGGAAGGAGAAGUACUAACCCAAACUAUACUACAAUAUGAAAGAAAGAGGUAAAUCAAAAAUAAAGAGUAGGAUUAUAAUCGUUUUCCAUAGCAAGGAUUCAUAAUAGGGAAGAGCUAGACUCUUGAAUUGUAUACAAAUCUUUAAAAAAAAGGCAAAUCAUGUUUCAUUUAAAUUCCACCUCUCUUGAUAUUUCAAAGAGGGUCCUUUCUCCAUGCCAGGGUUUAAAAGUCUGAAAAAGUUCAGACGGAUCAUCUUUAAAAAAACAAACACAUAUAACCUAACAUAACAUGUAUUACAUACGUACAAAAUUUGUGCUAUGCAUGUUAAGAUUAGGUAUCCAGCUCAGUUAAACUUUUAAAUAAGGUAUUUCGUUUUUGCUGUACACCACACUUUCACACACACUAACAGCUUCACAUCCAUGUUUAUACACACACACAAACACACACUGUCUUUCCGUGUAAAGUGGGUAAUUUGUCUCUGCCAACAGGAAAAGUGUGGCUCAGUAGGACACUGUAAUUUGCUCCUCAUAUUUUGGAGCAUUUUGGGGAUAAUUUCAAGUGUGGAUAACAGAAGAGGUGGUCUCAACAGCGACCCCCAGGGGAAGGGCUGUAAAUUACUUUGUAGCAGAAGAAAAGCUGUGAAAGCACUUCCUUUGCUCCUGUGUCUUUUUACGUUUGACGUUUGAAAAGCUGUUUUAAUUGCAACAGUCAGCAGUCUGAGCUUGAACAGUAAUUAUGUUACAGUCCUUUAAUCUGGGGGGAAUCAUAAAUACAAUGCCACAACUUCUCUGUCAAAUGGUGUCUAAAGUAAACUUGUCAUUCUCAUUUACAGAUGAUAUUCUUCUUAAUAUUCUGUAAAAAUAAUUAUUCAAAACUUUCUUAACAAAGAAGUCACAGAAAAGUUGCUGCUAACGUCUGUGUGACUCAUUCUAAAAGCUGCUGUGAAGAAUUUAAGACAUUUAUGUAACAGAUUGAAAUUCAUACUAAUGCCUUUUUAUGAUAUGCCAACAAGACCAUCAGUGAUGAGAUUGAUCAUUUCUCUGCAGUGAUGAGAAUGCCUGAAACUAGUGUUAGAGACUCAGUGUUCACUGAGCAGCUUAAGAAAUACCUGUUUAUACCAUCUCUACAUCAAACGGUACAUUUGACUGUCAGGACAGAACAGUUCGAGGACAAAAUAAGUAUCUCCUGUUUUGUCCAAAGGGGGCGCCAGAUAUUCUUCACUGGAGCUUAAAUAAUAAUGUCACAUACCUACUAUCUACCAACUCGAAGUACAGAAACUGAAAGUAUACAUAUAUUUAUUUGUCAUAAUGAAUUCAACGUUUAAAAUGAUAUUCGUUAUAUCUGAACACAAAAUUACCUGUUGUGACAAAGCUGGCUAAUGUGGUGGGAUGGCAGCUUGUGUUGUUUGUAUUGUGGCCAAAUUUUUAAUAAAAAGACAGAGUAACAGGUUUAUUUUGUUCACAUAGGCUGUGAUAGCAGUGCCAGUGUACAGUGUAAAUGUGAGUGAGGCGGUUGGUGGGUGCGUGAAAGCUUGGCCAUCUGUUUCCUCUCCUUUCUAUGUCCAGACUGCCAAAGAUACCCAGAAUACAUGAAUAGUAAUGAAACCCUGCUCUCCUGAGUCCAGUGUUGCCUGAUAUCUCUCAGCUACUACUACUAUUAUAUGUUGCUCUAAUGAAAAAAUCAAGUCGUUCUCUCUGAGUCUGUGUACAUAGCAUUUUGAAGUACAUGUGUUAAUGUGGCACUAAUAUAAAAUAUACAAUAAACUUUUUAAUUCAGUGCCUGGCAGAAAAACAAGUCUGAAAACCAACAUGGCGUACGUCUGCUCGACUCUCAAACUUAACUUCCCUGCCCUGGUUGUUGUUUACAUUCAUUUUUAAAUAUUUCCUCUUUUUCUGUAUGUUUUUUUUUUUUAACAGAGUUGGACAUCCAUGCAGUGACGGGCAUCAUAGUUGGUGUGUGUCUUGGGUUGAUAUGCAUUCUCCUCUGCAUGUGUUUCAGCUUUCGUAAUGGCAAAUCGAGGUAAGGUAACUCAGUGUUAGUAUCUGUUCAGUACCUAUGAACACCUCAGUUGUUUUACUGGUAAUAAAAACAGUCUUGUGAACAAAGCUAGCUAUAGCAACAUUGAUAACUGUAUCCCUUUCAUCUCUGCUCUAUUUAGGGAGGUGUCAGGGGGCCUGGACUCCACAGCUGUGACCCCCCAGUACAGGAGAGGAGGAAGCCCUGCUCCCUCCAACGCUCCAGAGUGCAGUGAUAGCCAUGAGCUGGAGACCCUGAUGCCCCCUGGCAGCCAAGAGUCUGGUCAGCCGCUAGAGGAGGCCCCAGAGGAUCAGAGCCUGAUGGCAAGUGCUAAUCCAGGGGAGGGGGAGGAUGGCCCUGCAGCUGAACCCAAGGUCAAAGGGGUAGCUCUUUUCCAGAUGGGCCUUGGAUAUUGUGUUACUUUUUUCAUGCUGAUAGAGGAGUAUUUGUUGUAAUUUUGCAUCAACUGUGCGUGCUGUUCCUCUUUCAGGCUGCUUGGAACGGCUCUGUGAGCCAUAACUGGGCCAACAGAAUCACAAGAUACAGAGACACCAUAACAGAGGACUCUCCAACACUUAUUAAUGGAGCUCUCAACAAGCUCAUUACUGAUAACAGCAUGGUAAUGAAUGAACUAAUUUUAAUGACUGAUCUGUUUUAGACAUCAGCAUGUUUCCAAGGAGCAUAUUCAGUUUUAGCCACAAAGUAAAAAAGGUUCCACAAGAAAACAACAAUACAGAUAACUUCAUAAUGAGAUAAAGUAGAAUAGAAUAAAAGUAGGUAGAUGAACCACAGGUUAGGAACGCUGCUGCGAAUACCUGAUACCCCAUUUAGGGGCACUCAGGAGCAGCUGAUCGGUCGACCUUAUUACUUUUACCAGAAUGGGAGCAUGAAGAAGUUAAGUAAGACAGGGGGUGAUCUUCAAUGGACUUAAGGCUAGUGCAGAGAGAGCAGCACAGUGAGGCAACAAAGCAUUACAAUAGAUAAGACAAAAUGUAAUCAAUGCAUUGAUCUCCCUCUUUAAUCCUCACAUACCGUUCAGGGUCAAAUUUGACCCGUUUUGACUUUUAACUGCAGUAAAAAUACCCUAAACAUAAUUUUUUAAGCCUGAAACUUGACACCUUUCCCUGAAAUAACCCAAAAUACAUGAAAUUAAUCAAAAAAUAUUCAUGUGUAUUUUUGUUUAUUUUAUACAAAUUUUUCCCCUCUAAGGCUGUUACAGGUCAAAUUUGACCCAUAUCUAUUUAGAUGGAUUUUAGAUCUAGCAGUGUGGGACAAGUGACAAACAGUAACAACAGUGUUCAAUAUAAGGUUUGUUGUUCAAAAAGAUAUAUUCAAAUCAAUAUGAAACUAUCAUUACCUUGACGGAGACACACACACACACGCACACAGACAUACAGUCACACAGACACACCUGGACAGAGGUCAAAAUGACCUAACUAGUCAAGAGAACUUUCUGUGACAGGAAGCUGCUCUUUGAACUCUUUGAAGGGGCAAUUUUGACCCGGAACAUACUGUGAGGGUACAGGAUUUGAACAGUAUGUGAGGGUUAAGUCUUUAGGAAGGAGACAAGCCUUUACUAAACCCUUAUUUGCUAAGGAGAGACACAUCAAGCGACCAACUCCUUAAAAUUUGAAUGUAACAAGGUAGAAUCUUGCUCUGAUUUUUCUUACUUAGGAGUAGCUUUGAUGGAGAUCCUAUGAGCAGUUACUGUGGAAAAUCAACUCAGAACUGAGGAACUGAAUGUAACAAUGAUGUUUUGUUGCAGGACUGUGGAGAUCAUCUGUGUACAUCCGUGUGCAGUAACCAAGUGGAGGCAGAAGUAAUAGUCCACUCACAGCUGGCCGAACCAGAGAGGGAGAAAGAUGAGGAGUGCAGCCAAAGGGAGAAGGACUCUGACACAACUGGAGCGAACUCAUUAUCAGAGGACAUGUAUUCCCCUUUGAGUCCUCCAAGUCCACCAGGAGAGGAGGACAUGGUGGAGGAACUAUCAGUAGCCCAAAGCCCCUUGAGUCUUCCCUCGAUAAAGUUAGUGGCUAAUCACAAUGGGGAGCUCGAAGGCAUGGGAGCCCAGGCAGACAGGGAGCCACAGCCGGACAUGGGGCUGACCAAUGGCUUCCACUCUCCAAAGACAGUGCGUUGUGUGCUGAGGUCAGAGCAUCUAGGGAAUGGGGACUCAAGACACUGCCCAUCAGCGCCGGGGAAGGCCAUUUCAGCCGGGCUUUCCCCUGCUCCCUUUGUCAGCUCCGGCCUUGUCCACUCUACCUCAGCAGCACACAGUUACUUGUGCCCGUAGCCUCUGCAUGUAGGGCACCAACCCUGACACACACAUACAGACAUCAAACUGAUUUACUUUCUUUUCCAUACCUAGGAAGAAUCCUUCAGAUUAUUUUUAUGCACCUCAUUAUUGAAUUCCUUUCUGUCGCUUGCAAAGUUUUUAUACAGGUACUUUGAAUGCAUUGUUUCAUAUGUGUGUAUAAACAGUAUGCAUAUACAGUAUAUUUUUAGUGGUAGAGUACUGUAUAUGGGUAUGCAUUCUCUAGCAUUGCAACCACAUUUUCCUCUGGGUUACUUUCCUGUCCGCAGGGAAGAAAGGAAGGAUUUAACUAAACCAAGCAGAUGGAAGAGGAUUGAAGGAGGCUAGUCCCACUGUGUCUCACAUGGCUCUGUUCCACUCAUGAAUGGGAAAAACUGAGAUAUUCUGCGAGUGAGUGAGACAGGCUGCCACACUGGCGUCUCCCCAGGCUUCGACGUGUGAAUGCUACAUCACAACAGGCACAGUGGGAGAAGUCUUGAAGAGUACCUGCACACUCUCAGAGUGCAACACACCUGCGUCUCUCUCUAGCCUCCUGCUGUCUCAGGGUCCAUGCACACAAACAUUGACAGUAAGCUAAUGUAUAGCUGACUUUAUGGUGUCUCAUGGUCAUUCAUAAACACACAUUUACACACACAGAUUUCCUCGCAAAAGUGUGGGCGUCUCAGGUGCCUGUUUAUUAUUGUAGGUGCAUUUCUAACCUCUGUAUAUUUCUAUAGAUUUUAUUCAGUGCGAACACAAAACACAUGUCAACAUAAGAGGAGAAAUACACACAUGGUAAAAUACAGAUUUGAUACACAUUAAGUUCUGUUUCCAAAAUGCCAUUGAUUCCAGUGGUGCCAUUUUGUAAACCAAGGGGCUCGCAGUUCAAAUGUGGUUUUGCAGUAUUUCAGAUGGUGGCUAUCCCAUUUUUGGAUCAAAGUAUUUACAUAUUCAUGUUAGCAUCACUUAAAUUCUGUUCAAGAGUAAGAGAUAUUACAGUAACCCAUCUGUAAACUUUGGUUCUGCUCAUACUUAGGGAUGCACCGAUGUGACACUGUGCCAAUAAUCAUCAUUUCCUUACUCACUGAAGGUACCCGACAUUUGUCCUACUUCAAUAGAAAUCCACAUUUAUUUGACAAGCAUAGCUGGUUUCCUCUGUGUGCGAAAAUCUUCAAACUGCAUGACUUUACUUAAGUAUCAGAAUUAAUUAGAAACUGACCUGAUUUUGCUGCAUUUAUAAAAAAGGAAAUGAGCGAGAAGGGAAAGCAAACAGAAUUAUUCCGAAUUAUAUUUUCCACUCCGACCCAAAAUUGUUUUGCUGAAACAUUCAACCUGACUUGUUUCCAUAAUUGACCAGUAUGUGAAGCUGAUUGAGUUUUAGCAUUGCUAAAGGUGAAAUGGUGCAUCCCUACUCCUUAUCAACAACACUACCUCAUUUCUUUUCAGGACUAUUUCCAGUGUGGUUUUAUUAGCUUAAAGUAACUAGCACCUUUUGAAGAUCUCUUUCUUAAAUUUCUGGUUUAAUAGCCUUUGGUAUUUGCAGAAUUAAUUGUCCGACACUGACUGUAAGUUCUUGUGUUAUGUCUAAGGAAUUCAUGUCCUGUCAGUAUCUCUCAGCUUCCUUAUAGGGCUCUGAAAGAUGUGUUACUCAGUAUUGUGUUUCCUUCAAACUCUAACCUGCAGUCAACAUAAACACCCAGUGUCUUUGAAGCAUCUGAAACUAGAUUGAGGUAAUAAGCUUUGGAUUUGAAGAUCCCUCUCAAAAUUGUGCCAACGACAGGAAAAGGCAGGUAAAAUCUCACACUUGUGCCACCUGGAGGCAAUAAAUACUACAGCUCUGUUACUUUGCCUUUUUUCGGCUGAAAGUAAACAGGUUUCAAGUACCAAAAGUAACAAACUGUUUAUAAAAGAGCAUGAUACUAAUUGUAUUGAUUUCAAGUUUAACUAGUACACAUCAAUUGGCAAUGUUGACCCAUCAAGCAUAUACAUGACUGUAGUCUUUUUUUGAUCAGAGUGGGAAGCUAACUUCUUGGUUUUCUAGCUCCCAUAAAAGGCUAUGGUGAACAAUCUUUUCUUCACUUUUGGAGUGAUCAUCAGGCAAAAAUACAGAGAAAAGUGAGAACCUCAUUUCUGGCUGAAACAGCAUUUUAGGUAACUCAUUUUCAAACUCAAUACAACUGUUUAAACUGCUGUUGGACCACGUAAUUGGUCAUUUAAUCAUUUGCUAGAGAUGACGAGGAGCUAACAUCAGUACUAUGUGCCAGAAAAGGUUGAAGCUCCUGUGGGGGAUUUUUGGUUUGUGUCAAUUUUGGCAUCCCCUGUGGACAAAGCAACCUUGCUUAUCUUGUUCCCUACAUGCUUGAGUUGUUACUGUUGACACAAAAUCUCAUCCAGCUGACCUUUGAGUCAUUGUUGUGAAUAUUUUAUAUGGAAAUUGUCAAAACAGCUGUUUCUUCAGCUACUCCACCUUCCCAUCAGAUCAGCCAUUACAAAAUACAGUAUUGAAAUAAUACAUUGUUUUCUUCAAGAUAUUAUGAAAAGGCAUAAAUAUAAAUAUUGGUCUAUUUUGUUAACACAAAAACCCAAGCUUAAUUUCUAGCCAAUUCAAUGUUAGCUAGAAAUGUGCUUUAUUGCCAGUCUAAUGUUGACUAAAACUGAAUCACCAACUAGCUGUGCAAUUCAUCCAAACAUCAGACUGGUGCUAGCUUUUCCACAGGGAUGAAUAAACCAGUAUGUGGUGAGACAAACACUAAUUACCUUGAGGUGGCAAAGGUGUUGAGAUCGUACUAGCUUCUUCUUUGCCUAAAAGGAUCGAUAAUAAGCACCAAUAGAAAGAGCAGGUUUGUGAGUUUUUGACAAGCCAGUUUCACUGAGUGCUUGGCAUCAAAAAUAAUAUUCUGCAGAUGUUAGCGCCACCUGGUGAGGGUUAUUUUAAAGAGUGCCAAACUGUAGAUGUCAUGAUGCUAAACUGUAAAUCUGUUUGAUACUGAAAUAAUUGUUAGGAUCAGUUAAUAGUAAUAAUUUUAUUCAUGUUGAAGAUUGACAGAAUGAAGCAGAGUAUUGAGCUCAGCCCUGUUUUGCAUGAUGUCUCAUCUUCUCUCAGGGGGCUUUCUCCUAGUCAUCCAGCAGUAAAGGGGUGUCGACAGACCCCUUUUCUCCUUAUGUCCAUUUAAGUGUCAAAUCUCACCAGCUCAACACAAUCACAUCAGCAAAUAAAUAUGAACAGUUCCUUUUGAGAUAUAUGAGGCACCUAGGUUGUGUUUGUAACCAUAAAAGCUGUCAUUCAAGAACUUUUAUGAUUUUCAAAAAAAAAGAAAUGCAUGGACGGUACCUCGAAUAGACUUAUUUUUUUAGCCUUGCCAUGUGCGCACUCAACAUCUCCUGUUUUAACUGCAGUAGUAGUCAUAUGGGGACAGAAGUGAAUGUGCUCUUAGCAAACCUGGGUCAAACAUUAAUCAGAUGGUCCUAAAUGAGUGAGGUUUGCAGAAUCAGGAGAGUUUAAAUUUUGUAUGAUGAAAUUAAAAUAAAUAUUUAUUUAAAAAAUAAUCUCUUUUGAGUAAAAAAAUAAAAAAUAAAUUAGACACCUGAAGUACUUUUCCAAACCAUACUAAAUUGGUUCAUAUCGGGCAAUUCAACGUCUACCUUAUCUGCAGAACGAAAACUGUUGCUGUAGCAAGGACCUAAUCAAUUUCAAGUGUCAGGCGUGUUAAACCGAGAGUAAAUGUUGGCCACCCUCCAAUGUGUGAUGCCAGAGCAGGUUUUCAUUUGCUGAGUGAACAACAUGCCAUGAGGUCAAUUUGAGCAGUACAAUCUCUUUAUAUGCAGUAGACUAAAGCAAACCACCAAAACUCUGUCUAUAUGUUUGGUCCAGGUUCUUUACUGAUACUGUUUUUGCUCCAUAGUGUCUCACGUCAUUCUCAAAAAGCCCAUGUGUCCACCAGUCCUUUAUCAGUGUAUUCAGAGCAUUCCAGUUUGAUAUCUUAAACAUACCUCUCUCAGUCCAGGUCAGCAAUGACUAGUACCUUAAGAAGAGAUGUACUUAAAACCCUAGAAUGUGUUCCUACUUCUUUGAAAGGUUUCAUCCAGACCUCGGUUCAGUCCUUCUAUUUUCAGAUAUUCUUUAGACUACAGCAAAGUGGAUCGAGGUCAGUAAGGUAGUGUUUCAUUUUAUCUGUCAGUCAAUGUGAUUAAAACUGCAAACAUUUUGAACAUUUUUUUAAUUACGAUUUACCAUGACUGGUCUCAAAUGAUGAUCACACUUACAGUAUUUCCAGUGUGGGUUACAUAUCAUUUUUCUUUAAAUAGUCAAGUCAAAGCUCAGUGUUUUGUCUGCUCCUAGUCAUGAUGCAGUGGUGGAUUAUUAUGGUGUGUGAGAAUCCAAAAAGAGGAAAAGCAUGAAGUCUGUUUUCAGAUGUGUAUGCUCUCCUUGCAGAAGCUCUUUUUACUCUUCACACUAAAAUAUGUUUUUUUUUUAUGUUCCCUCAUUUGGUUGUUUGUUAAUGAUUGGCUAAAACAACCAGGUAUUUUGGAGAGAAAAGCCACUUGUGCUGUCUUGUCAUCCAGAAUUACUCUGAACUUGUUUUCGUUUGAUCCUCCUUUGAAAGGGUUUUAUCAAACAGUAUACCUCAUGAUGGUAACUUGUUGGUUUAAUUCUGAUCAGUUUGUUGAAGCUGCAGAUUUUUCAAGUCAAACAUCUUCUUUUUUGUCUUUUAAAGUCUUUUAUAGAGGACAGAACUGACAGUUUCGUUUUACCUCAGUGAGCAUUUUCACUCAUUUCAGCUGCCUGGGUGGUCUAGUUUAGUGGUAGGGGUAGGUAAAAAAGGGGUUUAGGGGUUAUUCAAAGUCAUCUAAAUUGAUUUUUACAUUGUUACUCUGCAAGGGGUGCUUAAAUCGUUUUAGCCAAAACCUUUGGAGAAAAAGAAAAUGACGUCUCUGCUGUUGUAUAACAGAGUAAAAGUCACUUUUAGGAAGAAUACCACUUAAACAAAACCCAGGCAGCUAAAAUACAAAGCAGGGAGAAGGGCUAAAGGGACACCCUCCCUGGGCAGGUCAUACCUCUCAGUGCAGACAACCAUUUCAAAAUAAAUGUCUCUUCUCUACUCAGGUGCCCCAUCUUUGCUUAAAAUUGUGGAGGAUCAUGCCAGCAUAUUCAGCUCAGAUACGUGUCAUUUGUUGUCCAACCAAGCCUCAUUUUUACUCUUUUGGAAAGUAAAUAGAGGAAACUCUUAUGCAUAGAUGAUAUUUGGUUUUGUACAAUCAGUGUGUUUCUGUCUCUCUUCCGGUGCUUUGUGGUGAACUGAUUUUGUCCAGUGAUGUCACAUUGUUGUGCAUUUUUGUAUGUCUCCUUCUCUGGUUUUGUGUGUACCAGCUCAGCUGUGCUUCUCUGAAUGUGUAAGCACAGACUCAAACUGUGUGGUCAUGUGCCACCAGUGGCACUCUGCGGCUACUCAGACACCUUUGUAAUUGUUGUGGUGCCGAACAAGACCUCAUUUGUGUCAAAAGACAUUACUGUAGGAGCAAUUUGUAGGAACACUUAACAGAUUAGCAUUUCUUCUUGGACCAUGAGCAACUUUGGACUGUCAUCCUCAUAUUUCUAGAAGUGCAAUUUUUCUUAUUCUGUAAAACGACAGAUGGAUUACUCAGUGUUAGUCAUGGCAGCCUUAAUUUGUGAUAGAAGCAUUGCUUGUUCAGAGGAAUCAUCACAGGAUAGGUAGUACUUGUGGUCAGUAGAGAUAUUUCCAUUGUUUUACCAUAUGUAAACCUGUCAAAACUCACAACAACUCCCAAGUUGUCUGUGAAAAGGACUCUUCUGUAAAUAAACAUUGAAGAUCAAAAAA